GGCGGAGCCUGUGGCUGCGCGGACAGGGGGACUAGCAGCGGCUCCGGAGCUGGGGGGGAGCCGGAUCCCCCGCCUCCCCUGGCUGUCCCGCAGACCCCGUGAGGCGCUGGCUGGGGAUGCGGGGACCGAGCCUCCUCUGAGGGGGAUGCCGCAGCGGCUCAGUCAGCUGGAGCUGGAUCCGUGGCAGAAAAUGGAGGUGUAUGGGACCGGCGGGAGCGAGGUGUGUCUGCCCUCACCGGGUGUCAGUAACCCCCCCGGGUGUAACGGGGCUGGGUGUGAGUGUGACCCCCCCGGGGCUGGGUGUGAGUGUGACCCCCCCGGGGCUGGGUGUGAGUGUGACCCCCCGGGGCUGGGUGUCAGUGUGACCCGGGGUGUAACGGGCUGGGUGUGAGUGUGACCCGGGGCUGGGUGUGAGUGUGACCCGGGGUGUAACGGGGCUGGGUGUCAGUAACCCCCCGGGGUGUAACGGGGCUGGGUGUCAGUAACCCCCCGGGGUGUAACGGGGCUGGGUGUCAGUGUGACCCCCCGGGGCUGGGUGUCAGUGUGACCCCCCGGGGCUGGGUGUCAGUGUGACCCCCCGGGGCUGGGUGUCAGUGUGACCCCCCGGGCUGGGUGUCAGUGUGACCCCCCGGGGCUGGGUGUCAGUGUGACCCCCCGGGGCUGGGUGUCAGUGUGACCCCCCGGGGCUGGGUGUCAGUGUGACCCUCCGGGGCUGGGUGUCAGUGUGACCCCCCGGGGCUGGGUGUCAGUGUGACCCCCCGGGGCUGGGUGUCAGUGUGACCCCCCGGGGCUGGGUGUCAGUGUGACCCGGGGUGUAACGGGCUGAGUGUGAGUGUGACCCGGGGCUGGGUGUGAGUGUGACCCGGGGCGUAACGGGCUGGGCGUUAGUAACCCGGUGUGAGUGUGACCCGGGGUGUAACGGGCUGGGCGUGAGUGACUUCGGGGAUGUAGCCGGCUGGGCGCGAGUGACCUCGGGGGUGUGCUGGGCGCGAGUGACCUCGGGGGUGUGCUGGGCGUGAGUGACCCGGGCUGUAACGGGCUGGGUGUCAGUAACGGGCUGGGUGUGUGUGACCUCAAGGGGCUGGGUGUGAGUGACCCGGGGGUGUAGCGGGCUGGGCUGUGUGUACAUACUGCCAGUUGACAUGUGGUGUGUGUCCUUACUAGUACCACAUUUUCUGAUGCAGUGUGUCAUUGUCAUUCACAGCUCUGUGUGUCACCACCAGAGCCUGUACCACAUUGUCUGAUACACUGUGUGUCACCACUAGUACCACAUUGUUUGAUUAACUGUGUGUGUGUCUCACUGGGGCUUGUACCACAUUGUCUUAUCCAUAGCUCUGUGUGUUAUUGUGAUCCACAGGAUGUGUCCCUAUAUAUAUGUCAUGGUGAUCCACUGUGAGUGUCUGUGUGUGUCCUUGUGAUCCACAGCAAGCACCCCUGUGUGUGGCCUUUGUCAGUUUGAGCCACAAAGAGGUUUUCUGUGUAUUUCAGUUGGUUUCCACAAUGAUAGUGUCUGUGUGAUCCAUUGCAAGGAUCUCUGUAUGUCAAUGGUUUCCACAGCGAGGUUUGCUGUUGGUGUGUGUCAAUGUGAUCCGCGGCAAGUGUCUGUGUGUGAUCCACAGUGAGGGCCCUUGUUUUUGUGUUAGUGUGAUCCACGGCAAAGGUCCAUUUGUGUGUCAGUGUUAACCACAGCAAAGGGUACCUGUGUGUCAGUAUGAUCCACAGUGAGUGUCCCUGCGUGUGCUUAAUCCACAAUAAUGGUCAAUAAUGGCUCACGACUAGGGACCUGGUGCCUGUGUCAGUCUGGUCCACAGUAUGGGUCAAUUUCUGUGUGUCAGUGUGAUCCCCCGAGAUUAUUAUUGGUAUUUAUAUAGUGCCAAAUAAUUCUGCAGCGCUUUACAAUAUUAUUAAAAGGGUGAAAUUUUACACAGGAACAUUAGAUGAGGACCCUGCUCAAACGAGUUUACAGUCUAGUGGCUCCUGUGUGUUAGUCUGGUUAGCUGUGAGGGUCCCUCUGUGUCAAUUUGUGUGUAAGUUGAACCUAUUGCAAUGAGACCAUUUAAGUGUCUGUGAAGGUCUCUGUUUCUCAUUCUGAUCUGUAACGUGUGAAUUUGAGUGUGGUUGUUGCGUAUGUCACUCAGUAUUAGUGAGUAUUCUUUUGUAUCAAUAUGAUACGAUUUUAAGGGUUCUUCUCCUGUGUCUCAUUCUUACCCACAUGCAUGGGUUGUGUAUAGGUCACACUAUCUGUUGCAAGGGCUUCUGUGCUCACCUGCAGUUCUCUAUUGCGCUGUGACAAACCACUUUUUUUUGUUUGUGGGAAGAGUGCUCUGUAUGUGUCUGAUUUUGCAGCAGUUUUCAUGAUGUUUGUAGUCUGUGUGCAUCUAACUGAGGAGCUGUAAUUUGCACCAAUAGUUCUCACAUCAGUCUGACGAUCCAAGAAUGUGAGACUUUGCUGUUUUCUGUACUCUGAACGGUCCUCCAUGUGUGUUUUAAUGCUGUAGGUGAUGCUUGAAGAGGGACCUAUUGUGACAUAUUAGACAUGCGUAUGAUCAACAAUGUCCUUGGGGUCUCUUAACCAAGUGAGACUGAUCAAAUCAUUUGGGCAUUUAACAAUGAUAAGCGGCAAAAUCAUACCUUUGCUAUGUGAUGCCCUCCUUUAAUAAUCUUAUUUAGAACAGAUUAUUUCAUACUUUUUCUCUGUGUUGCAAAAUGUUUCACAUCCUCUCUCUAUUUUAAAGUUAUUGUGGUGGUACUUCUAGGUUUAAAUGUCUUUUGUCAUUUUGUGAAACUCGUGGCUUUAUUUACACACUAUCGUGUGUGUGUUUUGAAUUAUGUUCGCAAGUAUGUGCAUGUGGUUUACACAGUUAUAUUUGCUAUGAAUGCCAUGUGGACUUAAAGUAUAUUAGUCAAUCAUAUAAAAUAUGACCGGUACACUUAAUGCAAAGUUCUAUUACACUGUCAUAAGGUAGCCUAAUGGCAAAACUCAUAACAAAAGAUGUUUGUCAGGGUACUAAGCACAGUGUUAUAUCACUCUUCUGUAAUCACUGUUUUUGCAUUUGAUGGAUAAAUUGCCUUCAUUUGCACUAUAAUUUUGCUAAUACAGAUGUUUACCCCUCUAUACAUACACGUGGGACGUGUGUUUUUAGGAUUUGUGUAUCAUUCUAGUAUAAAUUAUUGGUAUACUUGUUUAGGUCAAAACCAGAUAUAGUGGGCAGAUAGUUCAUUGUUUUUAAAAGCAUAUACCCUUCAUCCUAAAGAUUCUAUAGCCCAGAAGGGUUAUAAAGUGCAUAUUCCUUUUUACAACAGUGGAAGAAGGGCAGCUACUUUUUGGCUUUUUAUUGGGAAUCACUUUGCCCAGUAUUUUUCCAACUUAUCUUCAGAACCCUUUGUCAGUCCAGAAUGUCCUUAAUUUGAUUCUUUAGCACAGGUGAGGUAGUCAUUGGCUGGUUGAGCUUAACUGAGACCGAAUUGGUUUGAAGAUUGUUGCUCUUGUUCUGAUUUAACAUGCAUACAGUAUACACCGUGAAGUGCCAAGCAGACUUUUUUUCCCCCAUCUCUUUUUAUACCCCAGAGACAUGCACUCAAUGGGCUUUUAAUAUUUCUCUUGCUAGUGAGCAUCCGUAACUUUUUUUUGUGUAAUAUGUAUGCAGAAAUAAAGAUUUACUAAUCGGUUUUACUUCAUGUUGAUACUCUCACACACGGCCACACAUUUAUAAUGACACAUCUGCAUUCAGACCUGAAAUUUGACGUAUUCUCAAACAGCAGAGACAAGCACAUACAACUGGACUACAACUAGAUCUUUGCUAGACUCUGUUAGAACUGCUGGAAGACAAAGGGGGCUGAUGCUUGUGGCAAGUCCUGCAUUAACACAUGGAUUUGCAGUUGCAACUGCAGAAAAAGUAGCGUCUAUCUCUCUGCACCACUGGAAUCGUUCCUGAUUGUUUAUGGUGACUCUGAUCACUUUUACUGUUUAUUUUGUACUAGGCCUCCAUCCUGUAUGGGCAGCCGCUGUUUACUUCAGGCCCCCUUUGUCUUUCACUUGGUUUUGUUAGUUUUUCAGUGUCUCUGAUGUGAAUGAAUGGAGAGCUCUUUAGCAUCACAACACAUCCUGCAUGUUUGAACAUGUGGGUUCACUCCCUACAAUUGCUGAGCUGGUGAAAUGCGUAUUCAUAUCUUUAAAUAUACCAUGUGGAAGCUUCAGCCCCCUCCACUGCACACACACUAGGUACUGAGAAUGCUGUAAUUCAGUGUCUUAAUGGGGUCUCGAGGGCCAAAUGCAGCCAUCAAGUGUUUUAUUUUCAUGGUUUCCCUUGCUUGUAUACUCCUAAUUUAAAAACAACUGUUUACGUCAUUUAACCCCUUAAUGACACAACUUCUGGAAUAAAAGGGAAUCAUGACGGAAUAUUUCCGUCAUGUUUCCUUAAGGGGUUAAGAAAGUCUGACUCCACACCCUGUCUGAUUUACAGUUCUCCCUAUUAAGAGGCUGGUGUGCAUGCUACAUAUUCUGUUUUUGUCAGUAAAAAUGGCUUGGUGAGAUGUGACUCUUCUUUUGUGAUGAGUGUCUAUAUGCCAAGCCGCUUCAUAUAUCGGCUUAAGUCAUUUUUGUGCUGAACCAGUAGCAGGUGUGAUGGAUAAUCCCUGAUGUGAUUUAGUAAUUUGGUACUAUGCAGAGCGUGUGUAGUUUGCAAACCUGUAUUGCUUGCUUUAUACAGAAUGACUGCAUAGCUUCUACGUUUUGAGAUUUACCUGAUUUGGGUUCCAGAGCGGUUAUCAGUCGCCCUCGUAUGCCAUUCCAAUAACCAGCUCACCACUGAUUAUGAUUUUACUGUGAUCUGAUAACUGCAGACUGUCUAUACAGGUAGCUUCAGAAUUCUUUUGUCCGCAACAAAGCAGCGUUUUUGGUGGGUGGGGGAGGGAAGGGGCUGUGACUGGCUCCUCUUUAAAUUGGUCUCUCAGACCUUUCUGUGCCAUCGGGAAUGGGUUUUAUACUUCUUGCACCCUCCUGGUUCAUCCCUUUAUACAUUGAGAAGGAUUCUCUAGAAUUUUCAAGUUGUUUGACUUAGUGUGGUAGACUAAUAAUAAAGAGGUUAUUUAAUAGAAUCUGAACUCAAAUUGCAAAAUAUUUGAAACAAAAUGUAGAUGAAUAGGGGGGAAAAAAAACAGGGUAAUUUUUCUAAAUUGUAGUUCAGAUACAAGUACACAGUAUAACAAUUUGUCUGGCCUUUGAAUUGUAUCCAGAUUGACAACACAUAUGUUCAUUCUGGAAGUUUAUUCAUCACUUCAAGUUCAGCCUUUUACACAUAUCCAUUUUAUUUUUUUUGCCACGAAGUUGUUACCUCAAAUAUAAACUAAUAAAUACUUGAAUAUUUUGGUUUCCAAAGAAAGCAUCCAGCUGUAGUUUUAAAACUUACAAAAUCUAAUAAAAACCAUAAUUUAUUUUAGAAUUUAAAGGGCCACUAUAGUGCCCUGAGGGUGCCCCCACCCUCAGGGUACCCCUCCCGCCCGGCUCUGGAAGGGGGAAAGGGGUAAAAACUUACCUUUUUCCAGCGCUGGGCGGGGAGCUCUCUGCCUCCUCUCCUCCUCCGAUCCGCCCAGUCGACUGAAUGCGCACGUGCGGCAAGAGCUGCGCGCGCAUUCAGCCGGUCGCAAUGCUUUCCUAUGGACGCUUGCGUGCUCUCACUGUGAUUUUCACAGUGAGAAUCACGCAAGCGCCUCUAGCGGCUGUCAAUGAGACGGCCACUAGAGGAUUUGGAGGAAGGCUUAACCCAUUGAUAAACAUAGCAGUUUCUCUGAAACUGCUUUGUUUAUAAAAAAAAAAAAAAAUGGGUUAACCCUAGAAGGACCUGGCACCCAGACCACUUCAUUAAGCUGAAGUGGUCUGGGUGCCUAGAGUGGUCCUUUAACUCUGAAGGAUAUUUAAAGGAACACUAUAGGGUCAGGAACACCAGCAUGUAUUCCUGACCCUGUAGUGAAAAACCCACCAUUUAGGUGGUUUUAGCCAAUCCAAUGCUUUCUUAUAGGGAUUGGCUAAAAUUGGCUAAAAUCAGCAAGGUGGGCCAAACACUGUCUUGGCCAGUCAGUACCUCCUCAUAGAGGUGCAUUGAAUCAAUGAGGAAAAUUGAAUCAAUGAGGAAAAUUCAGCGUCCCCAUGCAGAGCGUGGAGACGCUGGACAGCACUGCUGUCUACUGUGCAGCACUGAGCCAGGAAGCACCUCCAGUGGCCAUCUAAGGAGUGACCACUUGGAGGUGUCCCUAGGGGCAAUGUAAACACUGCCUCUUCUCUGAAAAGGCAGUGUUUGCAUGAAAAUUCCUGAAGGCAAUAAUUAUACUCACCAGAACAACUACAUUAAGCUAUUGUUAUUCUGGUGACUAUAUAGUUUCCAUUUAAGGGCCAGUACAGACAUGUGCAUUCAGUUUUAAACAAAUACAGUAUUUUGUCUGAAUUUUGUGUCACCGGCGAGCUGUCUAAAUUCUCUAACUUGGCAUACUUGUUACUUCCUUUCACUUUGUCUGUGAACCAAAUGGUGGGAAAAUGCACCUGUCAAUGACCCUGCCCCGAUCCGCCUUCUUGGCCGAUCCAAUCAGAAUUAAUAAUCUAAGCCAAUUAAAUGCUUUCUCAUAGGGAAAAUGGGGCGGGGCCAAACCCUGGCUUGGUCAAUCAGCAUCUCCUCAUAGAGUUGCAAUGAUGAAUGUUCUUCUGAAUGUCAGUGCUGCACACUGGGAGGUACCUCCAGUGGCCCUCUGAGUAGUGUCCACUGGAGGUGUCCCGAAGGGGCAAUGUAAACACAGCCUUUUCUAUGAAAAGGCAUUGUUUACAGCAAAACGGCUACAGGGAUUAACUAUACUCACCAGAACAACUACAUUAAGCUGUAGUUGUUCUGGUGUCUAUAGUGUUCCUUUAAUUUUUUUUGCCAUGCACAAGCCUACCAGUUAAGCGUGUUCUUUUGGGGCUUCCUAAUUAUAUGCACCAUAUUUAUUUACUUUCCUAACCCUUCCUUAUGAGUUGGUGCCGUCAUCUCCCAAACUGGUUUGUAAAAGAUAAUAGUGCUACAGAAUUCUCUUAACAUGUUGCCCUGCAAUUUCUUUCCUUCAAGUCCGAUGUUCUUAUAAUUACUAUCAUAUUACUAUGAUAAUUUUUGGUGUUCUUCCUUGUUUGCACACCAGAAAUCCCUGAGGGUCUGAUAUUGCUCUUUGCCACUACCCAUUUUCGACUCUUGCCUUAUGUCAACGUGGAAUGUACUUCAUAUUUCACUUAGGCAGCUGCAAGCAGCCUUUCGGUUGCUCAUAUAGUGGUCUAUUUCAUAAUAGUUUCUUUAUAGAACAGAAUGGUCUCAGGGCAUAGACUGUCAUUGGCCCUUUCAGGAGUUAAAUUAGGACUUUCAAAUUCUGACCUCACAGAUGUUUAAAAUGGCUCUAAUGAGCCAAGUGUUGAACAUGCUUCAUCAACAUAUCAAGCAUUUGAGAUCUACUGACAAAUUUUCAUUCAGGUCACAUAAUGUUUAAUGUUUCCAGCAUUCUUUAUACAGCCAUGUGAUAGUUUCUGAAUUUAAAGGAACACUGUAAGGUAAAAAUAAAGCAAUGCAUUAAUUAAGCUUAUUAAUUUUUUUUCAUUUAUAAUUGGAAAAUGAAUACAAUCACAGUUAAACUCACCUGUAAUCCACUGGAGGAGUUGCUUCUAGUCGCUGACAGUCCACCAGCCACUAGAGACCUGUUCUCUGGCAAAUGUAAACGUUGCCAUUUCUUUGAAUUGGGGUCUGAGCAAGGUGAAGUGAUUUUGGUGCUUAGUGUCCCUUUUAUUACAGUCUUGUAAUAUAUUCUAAACUUCAGUUGAAGCUUUUUUAACUUUACAAAAAUCUUUACAUUGCAAUAAAUUUAUCUUUGUUUUCCAGACACAUUUCAUUCAGAAUUGUUUACAUUGCAUUUAUCAGUCUUGGAGUGGACUAUUUUGAAUUUAUUUGGGUGAAUGUGCCGUAUCUAACAGUAUCAAUUUUGUGACAUUGUGAGAUGUCGUCUCUGAUUUGGGGCGAGUUGUUGUGCACGCAGUCACUUGCAUCCAUUGUAAUGGUAAUCUUGAGCAGGUGCACCAAGACUGUAUGCAUUCAACAUAUGUUAAUGUAGGUCAUUAUUAAAGCUCUUUGUUAAGUCAAGCUCAUUAUUCUGUGUUUUUAAAAAAGCCAUACAUAAGUUGGGUUUUUCCAUCUACAAAUUUGUUACUUGCUUAGAAUGACUUUAGGAUAUGAUAUUACGACGUUUAAUGAUGUCUAGAAUAAUAUUUGGCCUUUUUGACUAUAAAGCAGCCAACAUCUGUAUUUUGCAUUCAAGCCAACAGCUGAGAAUGGCCAAAUAGACAAAUUCUGUUGUUGUGUACAUUUGAGAUUAAGCCAUGCCUCUUGGGAUACUGAAAUGUAUCCAUGUUUGACUAGGUAUUAUUCAUCCUCUUCUGUUCAAAGUGUGUUCUUGUAUAUUAAAUCGAAUGCAAUGUUCUAACAAUAUUCUGGACACAAGUACUGACCUACCAGAAUAAAAUGUCAUGUAUCCUAAGAAGAUGGUCACUUUUACUGAAGGGCAUUGUUUUAAAGCACCAGUGAUGGCUACAGGGAAUUGUCUCUAUCUAUGGAGAGUCACACACGGUCCUCCAUAGAUCUCAGUGCCCUACUCUUGCGAAUUCCCUAGAUAAGAGCAGUGCUUUCGGCUCCUAGCGUGCUGAAAAGGAUCCGCCCGAAGAAGAUGGCAGUGCCUGCAAGGGAACAAGAGAACAGGUAGCACCAAACUUAAAUAACAAAUGCAGAAGUAAAAAAUAGUCUCUAAAGGCACAAUGACAAAGUCUAUGGUAAAGUCCAAAGAAAUGCCAGUUGUUGAGAUACAAUCUCAAGAUAGAAGGUAAUGUGUCUUCAAAUAUUCUUAAAAUGCUUGAGUGACAAUUCUGUUCAGUAGCAGCAUAUGAGAAAAAAUAAAACAGAGAAACAUGUAAAUAUGAUAAAAAUAUUUAGCGAGCGCUAUUAAAAUUUAAAAAUGCCAUCUCACAUGUAAUAGAGCUAUAACCAGCGCUAGGUAAAACAGCAUGCAGUGUUAUUGUAUCCCCUCUUGCAGGAUAUUCUUCAGGUAGUAGUUGGCACCAGGAUGAUAUAAAGCAUAACACAUGACAAAAUGAAAGGCCAAUAAUGUAAUCUAUUGAGGUAAGUAUACACACACCAAAAAAAAUAAAUGUACUUAGUAUAGGUAGAGCAGACUGACCACUCUUUGAGUUAGGCAUGGAUAGUAUAAUCCCCACCUAGGAUCCUUUCGUGGGUUCAGGAGAGAGGUAGGAUACCCGGUUUUAGGUAGAAACUGAUAAAUCUAAAAAGUAUAUGGCUUUCAACAAACAGUAAAGUAGCCAAAAAUACUUUAUUCAAUAUAAACCCACAACGCGUUUCACUUUUUUGGGCCUUUUCAAGUGGAUAAACUUUUUAUCCACUUUAUACUUCUACAUUUAUUGUUUACUUGGCGCUACCUUACUUGCUAAGUUCUCUCCUUAGGGUUUUAGAGGGAAUCCCCUAUUUCAGGUGUGCAGCCUCAUAUAUAUUUUUUCACUGUUUAGUUGUUGAGUGCUGUUCCUACCUCUUGUUUACUUUGUAUUUACAAGUUCAGGUAAGUGGAACUCACCUUUGCCAGCUCCCCUCCCCCGCCACUGGACUCCACAGUGGUGAUGUCACCUUCAGUGAACUUUGCAAAUUAUGCAAAGUCCCCAGAUGCUGACAGUGUCACGUUAACAUCACAUAUGUGCAUGCUAUGUUAAAUAUUUUCUAUAUUUUUCUUAUUUUGGCCUGUAAACUUUGCAGUUCUCACAUCUUCGUCAUACCUCCUUAGUUACUAAUGGAAUCAUAGUGAUACAACAGGUUCUUCUGGAUAUACAUGCUCCUCUAUCAUUAAUGCAAACCUUUAUUGGAACUCCCUGGUAUCAAGAUGGAAUAGGUAAAGUAAACGCUCCCAGUGACAGGAGAGCUGUAGGUGUCUGAGAGCAGGAUUACUCCCCAAAGUGUUAAUUGUCAGGAAAGCUAAAUUAAUUAAAAUGUUAAGACUAAACUGCCAACAGUUCACCUUGAGAUAGUUUCUAGUUGGGUUAGUUUGACCUAAAAGUUAAAAUGUACUUUUACAGGAUUAUUUACUAAAGUGACACUGACAGGGUUAUUGACUGAAGUGAGAAUUCCAAAUGAAUUUCAAAUUUAAGGUCAGAGUGGCUUAAUGGAAAGCAAAUUUUUGCAGUUUGGCUAUUUCCACCUUAAAAUUGAAAUUUACUUUGAAUUAAUCUUGAAUACUCAUUUCAGUAAAUAAUUCUGACCAUGAAUACUUUGUGGACUAUACAACCAAAAUGUCAAAUAAUAAAAAAUAAACGGAGAUGGUCAAGGGGUGAAACCUGCUGAUCUCCAGGAACCAGUGACCCACCAGAACGUACAAUAUUAAAACCAAAAAUAUAUAACUUUUUAUAACGGAGCAAUAAUUCUUCAAUUUCUUGGUGUGAUCGUAUGUGCUUUAAUUUCAUUUUCUUUUCUUUAUUGGUUUGUAUUUAGUCCAUGUAGCCACCAGUGUUUACUGUCAAGUACGACAUCAGGUUGACGUGGGACUUUUCAUUUUGAAAGAUCUUCGUGAUAUGUGGGUGAUUUGAAUAGCUAUGUUGCAGGCUAUUCAAACGUCUCUUUGAACUUGUGCUGACUUAUUUGAAUUUUGUCUUAGUCACCUAACUUAGGGAAAUUAUAUAUGUUUAAGCUUUGGGUGUGGAUAUCCUGAUGGCUUGUAGCAUCUCUAUGUACAGGAGGAGCAGAAACCUGACUUCUUUCCAAGUCGGGUGUGAUGCACUGAUCUUUACCCUCUUCAAUCUCCUCUAAUCCAAUUUCCAAAAGUCUCUCUCCAGCUUUACCCAUCAGGACUCCUGGAUCAGGUGUGUGGAUUUUAUGUCUGGGUCUGUCUAUGCCAAAUAGAUGGAAUUAAAUGUAGGCCAGCAUGCUAAUGCCUUGCGUAUUUUUGCUUCUGUCUGACACUUUUAAUCAAGCUGCAAAUCCUUAUGCACAGACUGUGAAUUUAAAUGUUUUGACUUUUUUUUUUGAGCAGUGAAGUAAUUUAGCAGAUUUAGCAAACUUUUUUUUUUUUUCUUUUUCCUUCUUCGUGAGGCUAGUAGUUUUUCCACUGCCGGCUAGUAAGUGUUUUGUUUUAGUGGAUUGGCAUUGAGGCCUAUUUGUAUGUUUUCUGUUGCAGCCCAUUUGGUUUAAAGGACCAGCUCUUUACUGUUUAUACAGGGCUGCAGUAAUGAUGCUCUGAUGCUUUUGAAAGAAAAAUGACAAUGAUUAAAGAUUUUGGUAUGCAGUAAGAUGCACACACCUAAUGUAAAUAUGUUCCCUUCCGGUUGGAUGUGCUAUUAUUUUUUUUUUUUUUUUAGCAUUUAUAUAGCGCCAACAUAUUGUGCAGUGCUUUCCAAAUCUAGAAAAGGGAUAUUUAGAGGUGAAGUCGACCCUGCUCAUACAACCUUACAAUCUAGGGCUGUGUGCUUUUUCUAUGCUUUCCAAUAAACCAUUUAUUUAGGCAAGUCCAAAUGCAUUUAGAAGCAUGUGGCAUUAAGUAUCAGAAUGUUGGGAGUGUAGUCGGCUCAAGAAAUCACCUGCUGAGUAGGUGCACUUGAAUAUUACUUAUUUGCGUUUAUAUAGAAUUUUAUAGUGCCAAUGCAAUGCUCUAACUCACUGGUCCCUCAUGCAUCAAUUUAGGUCAUUCUGUUCUGUUCCAAUGGGACAUUGCUAAACUCUGGACUGUAAGGGGUGCACAAAGACAAACAUGGGUACCUAAGGUGGUCUUUUAAUUUAAUUCAGAUGAAGCUUCUUUUAAACGUUUUCCAUUUCAAUUUUAGAUUCCUAGAUUCAAUUUUUGGUAGUGACAAACUGAUACAAAGAACACCCUGUCUCUACUUUUUUCCUUUAUGUUUACUUUCUCAGUCUGACUUCUUGCGUUAAGUUUACCCAGUGGCGUUGGAAAUUGUCCUUGUAAGACACGUGUUUUCAUGUUCAAAUUUUUUUUUUUUUUUUACAUCAUUUUCAUGCUAUAGUUUUGCUUGUUUUAAGUAGAUGGAUGGUAAACGUGUAGGAACAAAAAGGAUGGUUAGGCAGCACAUCUCGGACAUUAACACACAUUGAUAUCCUUCAAAAUCCACCCUCUCUUCUUUGCAGAGUACCAGAAUGAGCCCUGUCACAUUCAAUCUUUUUAUCCAUAUUUCCUGUUCUCUUGCCUCCAGCAGACAGUAGAUAAAUUGUCCAGACUCAGAUGCCACACUGAUCUUGCAACAAAAGGAUCCACCUACAGUAACAUUUUUGAAGUCUCAAAAACAGAUAUUAUUAUUAUUAUUAUUGCCAUUUAUAUAGCGCCAGCAGAUUCUGUAGCGCUUUAUAGAGAGGGGGGGAUUUAACUAUAAAUAGGACAAUUACAAGAAAACUUACAGGAACGAUAGGUUGAAGAGGACCCUGCUUAAAUGAGCUUACAGUCUAUAGGAGGUGGGGUAUAACACAUUAGGACAGAAAAUGGCAAUCACAUAAGGUGGGAGUGAAGCAGAGCUGGAGGAGAGAGUCCAAGAGACAUGUAUAUAAGGUAGAGGUUACUCGGGGAGGCCAUACACUUUCCUAAAGAGAUGGGUUUUAAGGCACUUUUUAAAUGAUUGAAAAUUAUUGGAGUGUCUGAUAGGAAGGGAGCCUCCCGCGAGAAGUCCUGCAAGCGUGUGUUGGCCGUACGGGUGCAAGCAGUGGAGGGACCGAGAAGGGGCGGGUAGGAGUUAUCCUGUUUUGGCACAGCGAUUUUUGUCAAUCACACUUCUCAUGAGCUUCGAUCAUUAGUUUGCCAAAUACCUUUCAAAUCUCUCUGCUGGGUUUGCUGCAGUACCUGUUUUCAUUAAAGGAACACUAUAGCAUUAGGAAUACAAAUGUGUAUUCCUAACACUAUUCGGGCCCUGUAGGCUGUUUAGGGCCCCAUGCCCUACCCGGAGGCAGUAUAAAUGGUAUGCUACUUAUACUUAUUUAUACUAUAUACAGUAUAAAUGGUAUGCUACUUAUACCUAUUCUCCCUUGCUGCGCCAAUCUCCUUGGGGAAGCUCUGCCUCCUUGGCUAAGAUAAUAAACGGGUGGGGGAGGAGGGAGGAAUAGCCAGACCACUUUAUUGUACUGAAAUGGUCUGGGUGUAUAUAGUGUCCCUUUUAACUCUGUUCUCAUGUUAUUCACAAACUUAUUUAAGAAUCCUUUUAUUUUUUUAACUUUAUUAAAGUGGACAUAUCCAAUAAUAACAGAUGGUUGAUGAGGUCAGUUUCAGAUAGGUUCAAACAUUUCUAUUUCUAACAUCGCUUGGAAUCCCCAUCCGUUUUGCCGAUUAAAAGAUGUAAUUAUUAGAAUUAAAUUUUUUAAUAACUUAGGGAUUUAUAUACGGAAAAUACCGGGAAAUGUAUACAAAUUGUGGAAGGUUGUCAUGGCAAAAUAGCCGAUGAUAAAAUACUCUGUUUGAAAUAGUCUGGUUUGUCUAGUUUUUAGAUAAUACAUGGUUUUCUGGAACUAAUUUGUAUUAGUGGUAUGCUAGCUUGCCCCCAAUGUUGACAUAGGCACAGGAAGUCAGUCUGUCAAGAUAUUCACUGUGUGUAUAAAAGUUUGAAAAAUAUCUUGGAAUGUGUGGGUGAUAAAAUGGCUCUGAAUACAAUAUAGUCUACUGUUUAAAACUGGUUUAUGUCAAAAAUUGUUGGUGAUCAUUUUCUUUAAAUAUCAAUUUAUAUAGUUUUCUGUUUGUGACCUGUGUUUUGUAUGAGUCUCUGAUGUGGGUCUCUUCACUUCUUUACAUAUGAAAAGGGUAAAAGGGUAAUUGCUCUCUUCCGGAGGAUGAUUCCUUUGGCUACUUCCCAGGUCUGACACUGGCCUCACCCUUGGUAUUUAAAAUAUUUAAUCGUAUAAUUAAUAUUUUUCUCGGCAUGUUUAAAACAUGAUGCAAUCCUACAGUGUUUAUUUGUGAAACCUGUUCAGCGUUGUUAGAUGUGUGGGCAUGUUUGUGUCUCCCUGGCGUCCUGGCAUUGAUGGGAGUCAUGUUUCCAGGGUACAGUUGCUGUUAUUAAUUCUAUCCCUGUCCCCAUAUUUGUAUGGAUGUUGAAAUUUUGUUAGUCAUGCUACCGAUGUUGUGGCAUACAGGAGCUACGGUGACAGCACCGUGGCAGGUCCCCUAUUGGGUCUGUGUGUAUGAGUGUCUUUUUUUCAUUACAGAUUCUUUGGAAAAACAAUAAUAUCAAACUGUUCUUGAUCAAAACCUCAAAGAAAGAAAUGUUAUAUAUGUUCUGUUGUAUUGUUUUUAUAUUUUUAUUUUUUUACAACCGUGAAUUGUUAGUCUAUUCGGGGGAAAUAAUACCAUCUCAGGGUUUUGUGAACUAUUAAAAAAAAGAAAAAAAAAAAGAAAACUCCACCAGUCAUUCUCUCCCAACAAUACACACAUCACCAUAUUUUCUUUCUCUCUGUUUAAUAGCAAAAGUGGAGCAAUCACCAUAGAAAUCAGGAGUUGGGAAUUUACCUUCCUCCACUUCUAAAACUUUUCUGUUAAUGAGCAUUGUGAUGGACCGCUUGGCACCCUGACCGGGUACCUCCGUCAAUCGCUGCUUCCUAGUAAUCCUUGACUACCAUAAGCACCGCACACCAUAACCACAUAACCACCGCAGCUUGGUUGUGGUCUCGCAGUCCUCCACCUACCCUGGACCCAAGACCAGGAUCCAGCUUCCAGUGGGUAGACCUCUCCUAGUCCAGAGAGCGUAGCAGGAACAGAUCUUAGAAGAGCUAGUGAUAAUACUCAAGGGUUGGAUUAAAGCAAUCCCCAGAGUGAAUAUAGCUCUACAAUACCCCCAAACAUGAGCCUAGACUUCAUGAAGGGUAAAACAAAUCUGUUUAAUGGCAGCCACAACUGGCCUUUUAUGACAGUCCCCAUGCAAGGUAAACCACAGUAGAAACAAAUACAUGUUUACAUUGGCUCUCUGGUCAAGGACACUCUAACACAAAAUUGAUCAAUCCCUCCCCUAUGCCUGGGCGAUAAUUGAGUCAAGCACUAUACUAAACUCAAUUGUCUCCAAACACACACAAACAUUUUUACAAACCCUCAAAAUAACUUAAAACACACAAAAUCUCCACAACAGUUACAUCCCCCGAUAACCCUGAUCUGGGUGACCAACAUAUCCAAAAAUCACCCAGAUCAGUUCAGGAGUUCAGGAAUUUCCUGGAAGUCUUAAUUUUGACCGCCCGUAUGCAUGGUCCCAUGCCCAAAACAGUUCCAGAGAAUCGGGGCUUGCAUUCGGUCUACUUCGGUAGUUUAAAAACAAACUACCUAACAGAGUUAAUAGUCUUACCCUGGAGCUUGAUCCCCUUGUUCAUGGGAACGUUUCCACUAAACAGCUCUGGAUGUCCAGCAGUGUUCAGGAGUUUUGUCAGUUUUCAGUUCCAUGAGAUUAAUGCCCAAACACCUGCUUGCAUGUGAACAAGAUGGCCACGACCUCGUGGUUGUCCAUAGGAAUUACGGACACUCAGACAAACACUUAGAAUACUGCGGUGGAAAUUGCUACAAAGCUCCAGGGUGGUCUCCAGGGUGGUCUUCGGUACGUGCGGCUGUUCACGAACCAAAUAUAAAAUCCCACGAACAAAGUCUGUUCAUAGAUUAUUUUUUUUUGAUUUUUUUUUUAAAUUUUUUUUAUAAAGGGUUCAUAGUCUUUUGGUAAGAGGCUGGCCAGCAGACCCCUCCAAGCCCACGUGACAAGGCUCUGUUCAUCACAAGCAUUGUCAGUCUUACUCAGUUUAGGCUUUUUUAAAAAAAAAAAAAAUCUUAUUCAGGCAUCUGCUUGUUCAGUUAUGGGUGGGGGUAGCAUUGUAUGUUUGCACUAACGUACUUACACUGCAACUUUCUUUAAACAUUUUUGUAUCUAUCUGCAAAGUAUGAGGUAAAUAAAAAAGUUUAUUGCAAUGUUAGAACUCAGUAGGCUUGAGUCAUGAGCUGAUGAGCUGAUGGGCAACCAGGGCAGAGAAUAGAAUAAAAAUAUGGUUUUGGCAGAGGUGUUAAUGAUGAACUAAAGAGGAUAUACCGGGUAGAGGGUUAGACUAGAUAAUGGAUUAUCAUUUUGAUGGUUUCUAUUGUUUAAAACUGACACAUCCUGGAGAUGUCCCUUGAGUAAAAGCAAGAGGGGAUUGCAUGUUUAAGAAAUAGUUUGCUAGUAGAAGAGAGAAAUUGUUGUUGGAAUUGAGAAUGGUGGUCACUGAUGACUUGGUAGCCCAGUACCAUCGAGUAAGUGACGUGACUGACACAAGAUCAUAGGACAACAGUUCGGGAGACUAGAAGUGGAUGAAUGUCAACAUAUAGGUGAUAUUGAAAUCUGAAGAACUAAGGAAUCUUUUACUUUGCCAAAAGAGGUUGUAUAGUAGAAGAGCAAGGGGAGUGAGUAAUAGAAAGCAGAAAGUAGUUGUAUGCAGAGCCAGGUAUAUGAGAAGUUGCUGAAAGGAUAAUUGGAAAGCUACAAUUUGAACCAAGUAAUCAAACUGGUGAAAAGUUUGGGACGAUGCAAAACCACAUCAAAGGCAGCAUAAAAGUCCAUGACUAUGUGAGGACCCCUUGGCUAUGCUAUUGUCAAUACAAAUAUUGUGAUGUAAAAAUAAAAAAUAUAGUGUGCAUCAUUCUAACUGAAUAUGUAACUUUGUGUCUGUUUGCUUUCAAAAGCAGGUGUGGAUCAGUGGUGCUGGUUACAGGUUGCAUCUUGAUGCAGUCUAAGUGAAUGCAGGUUGUGUGUGUGUGUGUGUGUAUAUGAAAGGUAUAGGAGAUGGUGUAGGUGCACCUUUUUUAUGAAUAAGGUUAUCUACCUUUUUACUGUCAUGCCCUCAUCAGCCAAAACCUCCAUGUUUCACUUGAUAUCAAGAUUUACAAACAGCUGCUAGUUACAAAAAAAUCUAGCUGAUGCCUGUAUAUCCACAGUCUCCAUUAUACCAGGUCUAUUUUAGUUGCUUGUGAUAGUCUCUCAGUAAGCGUAUUAUUUCUGGCAUCGAUCUUGUGCAGUCGGCAAUUUGAAGUGCUGCAUUUUUACAAUAUAAAAGCUUGAGAUUUUAUUUUCUUUUUUUUCUUUCUCAACCCUUGACAGUUCAAUUGGCAGAUCAGUACCUGAUUUUUUUUUUUUUUUUCUUUUUCUUUAUAAGGCAUUGAUCAGGCUUACUGAUAUGGCUUAUUUGGUCCCUGGACAACCAGCAGUUCCUGCCCAUGUAAAUGGAAUAUAUUUCCCUAUAUAUUGGUUUUCAAUUUUUUGAAGACCACCUACUGGCAUUUUGGGCAAAAGGCAUUUCUGGAGAGGUGUCCAGACUAACGUGAAAUGUUUAUAUCCUCCUGGGUGCAGAUCAGAAAUCCUGUAUCUAAAUACAGAUAUGAGUGCUAUACUUGUUAACAUUUGUGUGCCAGAGAAGUGUUUUCAAAGUAGUGUUGACCUUGCCCCAGAGUAUCUAAUGGUUAAACCUUUGUGUGCCUGAUUUCAUAGUGUGGGUUGGAAGUAAUGCAAACUGGUAAUGGUAGGGCAAGAUCUCUGCAGGCUGAACAAUUUGAAGGUUACUUCACAAAUCUUUUCACUGGAGCCCCUGUGCAAAAAGAUUGGAUGGUCGUGGGGGAGGAGUUUUUUUUUUUUUCCUUCUAAAUAUUUCAGUUAAAUGUAGAAAAUGUCUCUUUCCCUAAUUGUAACUAUUUCUUAUUUUUAGCUAAAUGGUCUAAAAAUGUUGGAUGAGCCAAUGGAUGAAGUGGAGUCCUUAAUGCCUUAUGUAAGUGAAAACAUUUUUCUGCUUUUAUUCAGUAAUGUAUUUAUUUUCCUAAUUUCCCAGUGCCUCCCCUGCUCCUUGAUGUCAAAUCAAUCCUCAUCUAUCCAUUUUAUCAGUUCGUUCCAUUUGGUAUAUAAGAAUCAUUUGAUUCUUUGAAAUAGAAGCUCUCUCAAUUUGCAGGCAACCGAGGUGACUACUAGAUGGGUUUUAUCAUUCAAAGUGUGUUCUAGUGGUUAUGGUACAAUGGGUGCCCUGGCGCUGCCCCAUUGUAUGUAGCCAAGCUGGUUUGGAAUGGUUUACCUUCUCACCUGGGGUCCACCGGGUAUUGCUCUCAACUCCACUACUGCUACAGGAGAGUCGAAAGCUGCUUAGUAAAUGAUGUUGCGUCUCCUGUGCUAAAGCUGUGCAGGGCUAGUUAAUUGAAUGGGAGCAUCAGCUGAUCUCUUAGCUAAUGAUCUAAGCCCAGCAGCACCACUCCUAGCCCAUACAAUACAGAGAGUGUCUGGCCCUCCUGUAGCAGUAGUGGAUGAGGGGAAUAGUGACAGGUGAACCCCAAGUAAGAAGUCAGACCAUUCUAAAACCUUUUUAGAAUUCCUACAUUGGGGUGUGUUCAUCAAGGCACUCCUGGCACCAUUACAUUGUGUUCUAGUGAUUAUGCUGCAUAGAAUGUUCCUUUUAAGUACUACUUCCAAAUGUAGAGGCAGUUAGGGUGGUUAAUAGCCGUUAAAACGGUUUUGUUUAUUACUUAUUUUUCUUCCUUCUUUCUAAUUUGCUUUUUUUUCUUCAAGAGAAUUGGUUGUUAAAGUAUAGCCUCCCGCACUGUACGCACUUGUGACUCAACCACCAAAUGUCAGUUUGAAUGUGUCUUAGUAUCUGUUUGCAUAUCUAUCUAAGGCACAGCUUGCAUCUGUUUUACAUCCUUGCCACAACCUCGCAAUCUAGAUAUUUUGUGUUCAACAUAAAUUGUUUUAGGAAACCUGCCAGUUUGUCAGUAGCACAGCAGAUACGCAUGUCAGUAUAGGGGAAAACAUUUGAAACGCAUGUAGAAAUCAACAGUAAUAUAUUAUUUACAUAUUUUAUGCCCAAGGUUCUCUGUUAGCACAGAAAUCUUUAGUGAUGUCACAGGUGGUCUCACCAGAGGAUUUCUUUAGUAUAUACUCUGGAAAGCAGGCUGAGCACAUAAACGCCCAAUUAUCGCAAAUUCAUUCCAAUUGCCAACUCUUUUUUACAGCUUGACUAUGUUUGCUUCCAUUUUGCAAUUUGGUUUUAAUUCACAAAAUGUUUUAGCAACCCCAAAAAAUAAAAAAUUUCAAUUCUCCUUUCUUUGGUGUUGUUUACGGCUCCAUGUUAAUGAGUCUGCCUGCUGCUUCACCUUGCCGCUCCAAACCGUGAUUUGGCAACCAUUUAUUCUUUUGGAUAUAUGGAUCUGAUUGCAGCAGGGGUGUGAUCAUGCAUUAUGGCAUAUAGUGAGAGACAUGAUCAGAGGCUUGUGCGACCAGUGAAUCCCUCUCUAAUGAUCUGGUAGAUGCAUCAAAAUAUGAAUGUCUGUAUGGUCUACCUUGGAUUUGACCCAUGUAAGAGAUCCAGUAUAAGAGUGCUCAUGUGACAUAUAAAGCGCUGUUCAUUACGAAGGUAGGAGAGAGAGCCAUGCUAUUGGAUCAGUAGAGUAGGUUUGAUAUUUUGAUCCUGUUAUUUCUCAGUCUUACUCCGUGGCCAGGCACGCUAAUGUGCCUCUUCUUUUUAGGGAAGGGUCUACCUGUGGAGUGCAGAACUUUCAAGAGUUUGUCGUUGCUCUUGGUUAAAUAUAUGUAUAUUUAGUGUUUCCUUAGAUCUUGCCUUCCUUUCCCCUUAAUGUUUUUACUAUAGUUUGUGUAAUAACAGAACUUAUUGAAAAAUAGGUACUAGCGUUAUUAGUAAUGGAUUAAAUUGGGGGGGGGGGGAGAAAUUCCAGAAAAUAUUACUUCGUAGCAGCCAAAUAGUGUAACUUUCCCAAAUAGCACCAAAUAAAUAUAGAAGAUGAAAGGUGUAGCGCUUAUUUAAAGGUACAAAUGACCUUAAAAUAACUGGGUACAUCCACUUAUCUAGAUCUUCAAAUGUCUAAAAAUGUAAAUAAUAUAACAGUGCAGAUCAUUUAAAAUCAUAGUGGAGGUGAGAAAUAUAUAUAGGACACUCACAAACGGGGAGCUAUAAGACCUAGCUCCGGUGUGGAUAGUCUCGGGUCCGUUUAGGCGACUCACCCAUGUAUAAGGUGAAUAUCCAAUCCUAGGGGACGCAUAUGAAACCAAAAUAGAGUAGUACAGUUUUUAACCAUCUUUCAGUGUGGCUGCGUAUAAAUUGCUAGGUUCUAAUAUGCCCUUAGAGCCCCCCUCCAACUCAUGAGAUUAUUGCAAUUAGGUAUUUUUUUUUGUUUUUUAUUAUUAUUAUUAUAUUUCAGUUUAGAUCUCUACGUAUCACAUUCUCAGGGUCACUGUGUCUGUUGCAGAAUUACAAUUUCCAAUUCCUGCCCACUUUCCCGAUAAUUUUUAGUUGUUUUUUUUUUUUUAUCUGCUUUAUUUCUUAUACAUCUGUGGUUUUUCAGGAAACAUUUGAGUUGUUUGCCUGAGUUGUGGUUGUGCCAACUGCAUUUGCUCAAGAUACAGAAUGUUUUCUUACCCUAUCUCUGAUGAUAGCUUCCUUUGUCAGCCUUGUGACAUCUCUCCUGGGAAGCCUCAGCCUAACUUGCUGAGAAUCUCAUUCCUUUACCACAUAUGUUAGGCACACCGAUAGUUUAGGUUCUGUGUAUGCUGCUCUAUUUUUCCCAGGUAUGUAAUCACUUGAAAAUGAGCGGUGAUAUUGAUAUAAUAACCAGACUCUCCAUUUCGAUCACCUUUCUGUUAUUAUGUUUAAAGUUCUGUUAAGAUCUUUGCUGCUUCUGUCUACCUGCGUGUGACAACUUUUACUAUCUAAAACAGAUUAUUUGUUGGAGAAUGGAACUAUCCUUACUCCAAGUAGAUUGGUCAGAUCACCCCUGAUGAGCUCCAUAACAUACCUGGGAUAUUCCAGUCUUCAAUCAUAAACAUUAACAGUUGUAUGAUGAUAUUGUAAUCUGCAAGGAUAGAUAACAUUUUCCUAAUUGUUCUCACUCAAACUUUGUUGUAAAGUCCUGUUAACUCUGUCCUUUUUAUCUAAUCCAAAUCAUUUCAGCAUGCAAGGAGCUCACCUGUCCAUUGUAUCCCUGAAUUAUGUUAUUUUCAACUCCAGAAAUAUGUAAAUAUUUUUGUAAUAAUAAGCCCACCCACCACUUGAUGACAGAAUUGGAGAAAGCAAACCCUCCCCCUGUCAUUUCAAAUACCUUAAAUAUAUAAAAAAAAAGAAAAAAAAAAAUUCAGAACUUGUGCACUCAUGGCGAAAAAAUCCAAAUGGACUGGACUAUUUUGCACCUGAUACAUGCUUGCAGUGUUGUUUCAUUAAUGACUUUUCAUAAAUGAAACCACUGGGGUGUGAUUUACUGAAUUUCAAUUAGAACCCUGGGUUUGUAUUUCACCCACUGACAGGAACUAAAAAUACUGGUCAGGCUGGCUACCAUUUGGAAGGUAGCAAAUUCUGCACUAUCCAGGAAACAUGGAUAACAGCUAUAGUGAGUCAGUGUUUUAAUGUGGUGUCUGUUACAGAAGUGCAUUUGGAAUAUUAAUUUAUUUUGUUUUUGUUAGGAUGAAGGGAACAUUAAAGAGAUUCCAAUUACCCACCAUGUUAAAGAAGGGUGUGAAAAAGCGGACCCCGCACAGUUUGAACUGCUGAAAGUUCUUGGACAAGGGUCCUUUGGAAAAGUAAGACGUGUUGUUGUUCACCCUGCAGCCCACAUCCUCCACUCACACCAAUCUGCCUCCUUAGAGACUGGCUGGCCUCCCGCUUUCAGACACAUAUUUUAGAACUGUUGUUGACAAUAAGUAAAUUUGUUCCAGCAUCCCCAUACGUGUCAUUAAACGGUUUUUCAGUACUCUGUAUAUAAAAACAUUUCUGGGAAAGAUGGUUCCUGGAAGAUUGCUCCUUUAUGUAGGCAUUUUAUAUUAUGUGGUUUACUAGAGGACCUUGGUAACUAUUUUGUUUGGUACUGCUCCUAAAGUUAUCUGUAUGUUAUUCUCAAACAUAUGUCACCAGUACUUUAUCUGAUAGGGAAAGUCCUCACUGGGAGCCCUUUCACCAUUCUGUGUUCUCUGUAUUCACGGUUGUUGAGUGGAACUGCCUAUACAACAUCGUAUGAGAGCACAUGGAACAUGGUCCGUAUCAUGCCCUCAUUGGCAGGCUGACAGUUCCUUAUUAGCCUGGUGUCUGCUGCAGCUUGCAAUAGUUUUUACUGCAGGACUCUGCAAAUCCUUGGUGCCACUUAACUAUUGUGACACAGAAAUGACAGCUCACAUCAAGAUUCUUUCCCUUGGGUAGCCCAUAUAGGCUGUGGAUAAGUGGGCUGCCUUGGCAGUUACCCAGCUUUGUUAGAGCAGGGCUUGGAAAAACUCCCCCAGAGAAUCAUGACUGACAAUGCUAGUAGGAUUCAUUUGGCAUAACAUUCUCUCAACUCUUUGAGACCGCAUUAUGCUAAGGAGAACAAAGUGAGUUCUAAAGCUCUGACAGUUCUACAGAAAUCCUCUUCCUCUUCCCUGCAGACAGAGAGGAUAAUUCAGUUAAUAGCCAAUGUCUAUGUCAUGUAUGAAUGACUGACCAGUUAUACGUGUAUCUGCAUACAUUGCUUAAUGUGUGUAAGUCACAAAUACAUACGUAUGUGAAUAUGUUUUGGUAAUUAGAUUUGUGUGUGAGUGACCAGUUACUUGUAGAUGUGUUAUCUUUAAUGAUGGCAUGGUGAGAACAUAUUGUGUAAUUCUAUAUGUAAUUUGACUCGUCUUUCUAGAAGUACUUUGUUGACCUAAAUGCAGACCAAUUUAACGUUUUCUGUUGUUCUAGGUUUUCCUGGUAAGAAAAAUCAUUGGACCAGAUGCUGGACAGCUUUAUGCAAUGAAAGUAUUGAAAAAGGCAUCAUUAAAAGGUGAGCUGUAUGUUUAUCGUUAAUAUAACCUUAUCCAGAGUAAUAAAACAUACGUGUGGACCUACAUACCCACACAAACUGCUGUGAUAUAGAUUGUGUUGCCAUUUUCCCCCUAGAUUUAAUAUUAUGACCGUAUUGAAUUUAUUAAUAAUUGUAAUAUGCCUACUAGUGGCUGCCUUGUUGAUCUCAAAAUCUUCUUGAAAUAUGAACAAAAAGGUCCCCUUUAGUUAAAAAGGCCUAAAUUGCAUACAUUAUGGUGAUAAGACUGUUCUGUAUUGGUCACCACAGUGGACCUAUUCUCCAACAUCACAGCAGGGCAUUCCAAGGAGUACAACCCGUGGGGUAAUUAGAAAAAAAAAUAACUCUAUCGAUACAAUGUAUAUUUGAAAUUAUUGGGAAAUUCAAAUGGCCUCUUCCAUAUUUUGUACGAUUUUAAUCCUUUUCAAAUUGACGUCAUGUCCCACAAAGCACAUCUCUAAAUGGAAUUCAUUAAUUCCAUAUGUGACAUUUGUUGCGUAUAAAAGAAUUGAUGAAAUGCCAGUACUGUUAAAUUCCUCAAUAUACUUCAAGCCAAAAUAUUUUGAGAUCUCUUUAAAUUAAAAAAAAAAAAAUGUAGCAGUCGGCAUUUCUCAUUUUGUACUGCUUGAUAGGAAAGAGACUCAUUACCAUUCACUUAAAAAAAAAAAAAACACAAACAAAAAAAAACACUUUCAUGCCAUUGUAAUAUUCAGUCACAGUUGAUCAAGAAAACUUUUUUUUAUCUUCUUAUGGAUACUUUUUUUUUUUUUUUUCUCCCGUGGUACUUUCAAUGCCCUAUCUAAUCAUCUUUCCGUUACUUCCACCUUUGAGGCUGUGUGCUCCAGAGAUCUUAUUACACUUCCUCUUAAUCAUGUUUGUACAUGACCCUGCUUUCUCCUCUAUUCUUAUGACCGUCUCUGAUGGAAAAGCAAUCCUGUUUUGUUUUGUGCUGCUGUCCUGACAAAUUGCUGCAUUAAUACUGAAAAACAUUUAAUCUGUUACUAAAAGAAAAAUAGAAAUGACAUGCUCUUUAACCAUUUUGCGAUUUUUAAAUUGUAGCAAGAUUUUUUUAGAAAUGUUGCUGAUAUCCUUUUAAUACUUGAGAAAGCGUAUAGACUCUCCUGCACAAACAAUUAACAUGUCUGUUCUUUAAAACCGUGCAUCCCAGACAAUUUGAUGUGGUGGGCCAGCUUUUUUCCCCUAAUGUGUCAGGAGCCAGUUCAGUAAAGAGCUGUUGCAGAUUUGCUGCAUCCUAUCAAGGCCACUGUGUGAUUCUGGUGCUUUCCAGUGUGUGUUUGUCUGCUGUGUCUGUCAAAGAUUACCUAAUCCAUGAGCUCUCUGCAAGAAGGCCACCACUUGGAAAAGUACAACAGACCAGUCUUCACAAAUGGACCCAUUGAGUUUUGUGGCUAAGCUAUUCUGUUCAAAGUAGUGAUAGAACCUGAAGGAACACUAUAGGGUCAGGAACACAAACAUGUAUUUCCGACCCUAUGUUAAAACCAACAAUUAGGUGACAUAGCCACCUUAGAAAGGGUUUAAAAGUACUUUUUUUUUUUUUUUUAAACUAUGUAUGUUAUAAAGGAGUCAAAGCAUUGAUAAUUGGUAAAUUUGUCUUUUUCUGUUCUUUACAGUAAGAGACAGAGUUCGUACUAAGAUGGAACGGGAUAUCCUUGUGGAAGUGAACCAUCCCUUCAUUGUGAAGUUACACUAUGGUGAGUAUCAGUUGUUUUGUUUUGCAAGAAAGCUUGUCAUUAAAAAAUUGUUAGUCCAAUAAAAAUACAAGAUACAAAUUUUAUAUUUUUUACAUAUAUAUGUAUGUAGAUGUAAAAAACAGAUACAAUUUGUAUUGUAAUACCUUUUAUUGGACUAACAGAACUUUUUAAUGACAAGCUUUCGGGAGAAACCUCUCUUUCUCAAGUCUGAAGCAUUUCUGAGCAAGACGACACAUAGAAUUCAAAGUUGAGUUGUGAUACAGGGGUUAAAGCGACAUGAGUGCAGAUAAGACACAGGUUUGUUAGAAUAUAGACACCAUUUCUGCAGAGGGUCAUAAAUAUCUUUCUGAAGAGCAGAGUGAGGGGGGAGAGGGAAAACAAAAACAAGCAAACAGUGCGGGAGAUGGUGCACUUUAUACAUACACAUACACACAUAUACAUAAACACAUGAACAUAUCUCUACAUGUGUGUAUGUUUUGUUAUAUAUAUAUAUAUAUAUUCUCGCUAUUCACCCUUGAAAAAGGCAUUAGCUGAUGCUCAAAUAUUGGAGGUAGGAUGUUUGGUAUAGAUUUUAUCAAUAUAGGCUUAUGGAUGAAUUGGUUGCUCUGUUGGUUGUUUUUACAGAAUUUAAAACAUUAUUAUUAUUGUAACUGUUGUCCUUUCUUCUCUAGUCUGUCUAUUCUUUGUAUCAGUCCAGGAGGGAUCUCUGUGUGCGUGUGUGUAUGUAUAUGUGUGUAUAUAUAUAUAUAUAUAUAUAUAUGUGUGUAUAAUUAUAGUACUAACUUGUCUUUUUAUUCCUUUUCAGCAUUUCAGACUGAAGGAAAAUUAUAUCUGAUUCUGGACUUUCUCAGGGGUGGAGAUGUAUUCACGCGGUUGUCUAAAGAGGUAAUUAUCUAUUUUUACUUUUUUUUUUGGUCUGUUAAGUUGUUAAUUGCAGAUACUUGUUGUGUGUGUUCUGUAACUGCUAACAUGUGACAUGGAAGUAAAAGGUGUUCAAGAUCUUUGAGUAGUGUAUGUUUAACAGGGCAGGUCAUGUUGGCUUCUACAUUCCACAUAAAUUAGCCAAACCCUGGUCCUUGGUCAGCACAGUAGUAGAUCUUAAACUGGGGUGCAAUGUAAGAUGGUCUGCGAAAGGUAGCACUUAAACAGUAAAUUGUAGAGAAUUGAUUUUAGGCCACAACUUUUAAGCUGGUUUGGGUCCCCCCUGUUUGGCUGUUUAAUUUUAAAAUGUAUUAUUGCCUCUUAAUUCUCCCAAGUGUGUAAAUAAACACACAAAUGCUUGAUGAAAUCUAAAAAUAUAAAUGACCAAUUUCAUCUGAAUUUGCAAACAAUUGGAUGCAUAAAUAAUAAAACUUUUUUUUUUUUUAAUAUAUACGUUAUUUAACGCUGAAAUAAUUUUUGUGGAAUGACGUCGUAAAAAAAAUCCUACGACCAAUAUAAUGUUUACAAUACAAUGAAGUUAAUCUCGACUGAGACACAAAUAAAGAACCAGAUCAGUGCUAAUAAUAAGCAAUCUUCAUUAAAGUAAAUUAGUAGGAAACGUAAUACAGGAGUGAGUCACACACAGGGUGUAUUCUCACUCCACCCUUAAGUAAAACCUCAGUUUACACAAUUCUGCCUGGAUCACGCUACUUACAAGUUGCCUUAAGAAUUUUCUGAAGUAUUCCGGUUACCUUUGUUCUGACCAGUGUUCCAAAAAAAAUAAAAAAUACUUAACCAGACUGCUGUCUAAACAAUAACUAUAUAGUAGAUAAUUUAAAAUUCUGAGCUUUUGCUCGGGUUUUAUCCAAUUUUUUUAGAAAUAUCUCCAUGAUCCUUUUGACCUUGAACCCAGACCACCUACCACAUUUACAGUGUCUGUAUUUUUCUUUUGUAGAAUUGAGUUUUCAUUCGGGCCUUAUUUUAAACACUGGACUGUUAUUUUCUGGGGAUUCUUAUUUUGUAAGAAACUCCUUUCAUUGCUUGCACAGUUGAUUGUAUUCUAACUAUUCAGUCACCACACGAUGACUGUCCUCACCUUUUAAUAUAAUAUCUGUCUGCAGGAGGCUGUCUAUAUAAGUUUUAGAAUCCACUCCAUUACAGUGCAUCUUCUGCUAGAGUUUUACCAGUGAUUAAUAUUAAAGUGAUAAAUGUGUGAUUUAAUUGAAAAUCCUGCUUCUUGGCAUCUACAAACUGGUGAAAGUUUUAAUGUUCCGUGGUAGGUUAUUGUGUGCGAAACAAACUGCUUUCUGUUCUUUUGUAAUGGGGAACAGAGUUAAAGGAACACUUUUAAUUUUUUAUUUUUUUUUAUGUAUUGGAUAACCCUGCAAUUAAAACAUACAUAUUGCUGCAUUUUUUUAUUUUUUUUAUUUUAUAUCUAAAACAGCUUUAAAAAGCUGCAGGUCUCUUCUCUGCUGCUUUUGCAAGCCCUCCCCUUUUAGCCCAGCCCACUCUUUCUUUAACUGUCCAAUCACAAACUUUCCAAUACAGCUCAAUGAGCAUUCUUUGUAAGGCAGGUACUCUGAUCAGUUGCUGCCUCUUGAGUUUAGCUUCACUGAGCUAACCAAACCAGGAAGUAGCAGGACAGAUUGUUUGACAGUCAUGUAACCAGGUAAAUUUGUUUUCACUGAAAUUUCUACUUUUUGUAAAACGAAAACUCUUCACACAUAAAGCACUCUAGGAAGCCAUUGUGCUCUAAGUGUUUGGAGUGUUCUUUUAAGUUGCUGGAAAUGGACUGGAAAAGGUCAUUAAAGAUGUAGGAAGCUGGAAUGCGCAUACGGUCUGGGGGAGUUUUCCAGAGAGCAGUUAUUAACAAGUUGAGGAAUAUAUCUGUAGCGUUGAAUAAUCAGUUUAGCAAUACAAUUGUUUAUACCGUAUUAUGCAUUUAUCAUAUUGCAUUUUAAUAAUGAGUAAAUAGAUCCUGUCCAUAUUUAUUAUGUUUAACCUAGUGGGUACUACUGUGUCCACUCUAUGAUUUCCCUCAGGAUAUUUUGAAGACUACGAGAAGAGGGGAAAAAAAAAAAACAGGAAGGGGUUCACUCAAUAGCAUUCAAAUAUUUAAGCCGGUCUAAUAGUAGACUUAUAUUUAUUUAGUUUGCUUAUUAUCAAAUGGAUUAUAUGUCCAACUUAUUAUGUAUAUCUGGAAUUGUGUUUUAGCUCAGCCUGGGUAAGUAAUAGACUCAUUUAACCCCUUAAGGACACACAACAUGUUUAAGAGGUUAUUAUUUUUAUUAAUUUCUGAGUUAUAUCCUGAUAGCAACUACAACAUGGGUUUAAUUCCUCGCAUCUUGUCCUGAAUAUAUACAUCAUAUGUCUACUAAGCUUAUAUCAUUCUUAUAUUUGUAUAUGGGUAUUUUAAGCUUAGUUUCCCAAUUUUGGUCUGGUUCCACAUGAUAAGCUCAUAAUCUAUAGUCAAAGACAUUAUUUUGUCUAUUGAGGGUAAGCUUGUGGUCUUCCAGUUUCUAGCUAUGAGAAUUGACACUAUAGGUAGUAAUAAAAAUAUCAGUUUGCACAUAGGUUUAGUGAUGUUGUUCGGAAAGACUUUGAGAAGUAACAUUUUUGGUGUGUGAUCCAACUUAUAAGAUGUCACCCCUUGAAUCCUUGUUUCAACCUCUCUCCAUAAGCUGUUAACUCUUUCACAUGUCCACCAUAUAUGUAACAUAGUUCCUUUAUAAGAGUGGCAUCUCCAACAUGUGUUGGAGAUGCCACUCUUAUAAAGGAACUGUAAGGAUGUGAUAAAUGUUUGUGGGACCUUAAUCUGUAAAGCUCUGAAUAGGUAAAGUAUUUUUUGUAAAAUUUGCAUCUUAAUUGACGAUAUUUUACCUACCCAUGAUAAUAGGUACCUUUUACCGUCCCCAAGAUUUCAGUUGGCUUUCUGUAUCCUUAAAUAAUUUUGUAUAGUUAGCUAAAAAUAGGUCUUUUUCCUUUUUUGUAAAUCUAAUUCCCAGAUACAGGAGAUAAUCUUCCCUCCAAUCGUAAUGAUAGUCUUAUUUAAGUCUAUCUUCUCGAAAUUUAGGAAUAUUAAGGCACAUUGCUUGCGAUUUGCUUGUAGUACGAAUUUUGACUAUAUAAAUAGUUCUUUCUUUAGAUUUGGUAAGGAGAUGUGUGGUUGAGUGAUCAUUGAUAAAACAUCUGCAUAAGCGUUGUGUUUGUAUUCACUCCGACCUGUUUGAACUCCCUGUAUAUCUUUAUUCUGCCGUAUAGCUGUAAGUAAAGGCUCUAAAGCAAGAACAUAGAGCAUCGGUGAUGCUUCUUUAAAUGAGCCGUGAUUCACAUCCCAGUAAAUAUUUCUCCCCCAUCAAAGCAUAUCAGUUAGAUGAGUGAAGAACAUUAUUGUGGAAUGGGAAAUUCCUAUACAAGGUGAAAAUAAACAGUUUGAAGCUAACUAAGGGAGGGUUCCAGAAGUUCUUUCAUUUAAACGUGCAUGUGGUCAUGCAUAGUUUAAACUUUGCCAUUUUACAAGUAUUUGAGAUCUCGCUCAUUAAACGAGAGGGCAAUGAGACAUUUUAUCCUGUCUCUUGCAUUUUAAAGUAACCUUUUUGUUAGCGUCCAGCCUGACUAAUGCCAUUAAAUACAUACGUUUAGAAGUGUUGGGUAGGGAAUUUUUGAGGUCUGAACCAAGAAAACCUUGCUAUAUUUUAUUUAUUACUGGUAUUUAUAAAGCGCCAACAUAUUCCGCAGUGCUGUACAAGUAGAGGAGAACGUACAACGAACACAAACAAAUACGAAAGGUAGAAAGGGCCCUGCACGUAAGCCGAGAUCUAGCCAUUGAAGCUCUUUUAUACAAAGUGCGUAGCUAGAUGGCCAGUGAGCUUACAAUUUAAAGGAUAUAAUGGGGAUUUGAGACAAGAGGUAGCAGGGAGGAUGGCUGUUCUGUAACAAGAUUGUAUUGUUUGAGCACUCCACAAAACACUUAAUUGAGAUGGCUCAAUGUGUUAAUGCAUUUCUGAUUUAAAAAAAUAAAAAAUAAAAUACAUAUGACCUGAUUCACAUGGCAUAUAAUUCUUCAUGCAAUAAAACUUACAAAACAUGAACAUAUAGUGAAACUUUUUAAUUUUAUAUUGAUUGAAGUGACCCAAUAAGAAAUUAAUUGGCUUGUGUGAAGAAAAUUAAUUUAGUUGGAGAAGAGGAGGAUGGAAUAAAAUAGAAUUUUCAAUUAAAAUUUUAUUUUAUAAAUUGCCAUAGAAUGGCAUGGGAAACUAUUAAGAUACCAGUCGGUAUCUUGUUUUCUGUAACUUUGUCCAGAAGGCCAUAAUGCACUAAAUGGUAAUUGAAUGAUAUAUUUAGCUUUAAAAUGUAGUUCAAAGACUUCAGUUGUGGAGCAACUCUACACUAUUAGUCCACAAUGUCUCCAAAAAAGGCUAGUUGCAUAAAGAGACAUUAUAACUCAGGGAUAUCAACAUGCAGCUCACCCCAGUUUAUGUUAAACUACAAAUUUCCUAGUUCUCUAACGUCCAUACACUUCAAGUUUUCGUCUAGUUUGGGCCCUCUGUUUAGUGGCUGAGCAGUCAGAACGGGACCAAAGUACAAUCAAUUGAAAAGAAACUGUUUUCCUGAUGUUUUGUGAUGCGAGGGACAGUGGUAUGCACAUUUCAAUACCACCGUAGCAGAAAUGAAUUCCUGCACUGAGAACCCAGCUUGUAUUUCUGCUUCCCACUUGCACAUGGAGAGUAAUGUGCCAUCUGUUGGUGAUCGAAAUAUUGGCACCCCAGAUGAGAGCAAUGUAAUCUUUAACACCAUGUAUUACUUACAGUUGAGUAAGAUAAAUGUUUUUUAAAAAAAAAUUGCUUUUAAAGGUCAUUUAGAGUAGAUAUUGGGGACCAAUAUUGGGCGGAAUACAUCCUUUCAUUCUUAAGAGGAACUUGUGGAAUAACCAUUUUAGAGAUUGCUAAGUACUUUAGGGCAUGAUCCUAACAAAUUAUACAGGAUUAUUCACCAAAGUGAGAAUUCAAAGUAAAAAAAUAAAAUAAAAUCGUAGAACUAGAAAAAUUCUCUAGCCCACUAUGCUGGUAGUUCACUCUGAAUUUACUUUGAAUUCUCGCUGGUGAUUGUAUGGUACAAAAAUAUAAGCAGCUUUUGGUUUUCAUAUUAAUUGCUGCUAUGUAAAGACAGGGUUUUCAUUUAGAGUUCUGUGUUGGAAAUGUUUGAUGCAAGUAUAAUUACGCAACAGUUAAUAUUCGUUUUUAUGCCUGGAACAUCUUAAAACGCCCACCUGUCUUCUCCUGAUAAUGUAUGAUUCAUGCAUGGAGGUUAAUGCCAAACCAAGAGGAAAAAUACCCCUGUUAUGAAGGAGGAUUUGCUGCACAUGUGUAAUCAUGUAAGCUUUUUAAUUGAAACUACCCCAUCACGAUUAAAUAUUUGUUUUACCUUGUAGUGCCUGUAAUAGCUCAACAGUUCAACCAUGUGAGCUGUGAAAUAAUUACAUUAAUUCAGCCGGUGUCUUAACGAUUUUGCAUCACCUUUUCUCGAUCAGUGCAGAAAAUGCUGACCUCUAUUGUAAUAUUUAUAGAAUAGAAUUGGUUAAAGCUACCGGAAUCAUUUUAUAGACCUGUAGAAAAUAUUACUGGCUACCAAGAACUAUGCAACCAAAUAAAAUAACUCUCUGGACUGUACUCUGCUGACUUUUAUUAAUCCUCAUGGAAACUCCUUAGAAAGGGAUCUUUAUUGAGAAAUAUGUGAAUACAAGGCCCAAUAAAGAGCCACAUACAUGUGAAUACAAACCAUACAAAAGUAAAUACUAUAUCUGAUCUUAAAAAACGCAGAAAACAGAAAAAUAAGAGGCUGCUGGGCGUUUAAGGUCUACACUGAUACUUUAAAUAAAUUCAAUUACCUAUACAUGGACAUAUAGAUAUACACAUACACAUGUUCAUACAGGAGAACUCACAGGUUAAAUGUAUAACAUGUUCUUAAGGCUCUUACAGUUGAAUCCGUAUUGUUUUUUAUACCUCUUUAUAGCAUUACAGUAUUUAUUUUUAUCACCUCUUGUGUGAAUUCUUUAUUUUUUUAUUUAUACAAAUGUAUUUUCUAAUUAAGUCUUAUGUUUAACUAAAAAAAUAUUUAUUAUAACUGCACUUUGUUUACCAUAAUUUACGAAGACACUUAAAUAGUCAUUUAAAGUAUAAAGAUAGGUCAUCUGCCCCUGUUUUUGUCGGUAUGGUGUUCGUUCUAAUUCUUUAUUGCUGUGACGUUCUGUCCUGCUAUUGGCAUAAAGGCUUUUUUUUUCAGAUUAAUGCCCCCAGUGUGUAGUACCUGUCUCCCUGCUUGUUUAAAUCCUGGCAUCACUCGUGCUGAACUGGCAAAGCAGUGAUAGCUUUUUGUUUUUGGCAGUAAUAUUGUAUUUGAUGGAAACUGACAAGGUCCAUAGUAUCCCAUAAAGUCAGGUGACUUCCAGAGCUUAUCAGAGACCUAUGUGUUGCAUGCUAUGAAUAUUAUUGUAUUACUGUAGUGUUAGAAUUGAAUGUACAUCUCAGAAGGUAAAUCUAUACAGUUCUUAUUAGGUUAUGUUUACAGAGGAAGAUGUAAAGUUCUACCUGGCAGAGCUGGCCCUCGCGUUGGAUCACUUGCACAGCCUUGGGAUCGUAUACAGAGACCUGAAGCCUGAAAAGUACAGUAACCUCUAUUACCUUCUUUCAUCCAUACAUAGAUAGUUAUGUGUCUUACAAUCCUUGGACAAGGUUCCAAAAGUGGAGCAUUCCAUUGGUUUCCAUGGUGAUUGCUCCACUUUUGUUACUUUGCUCCAGCAUUGCUCUUCGUACGUCAUCCCUUAUAUUCUUGAAGUGUAUUUAACACUUGCAAAACAUAAAUUUCAAUGAUAUAUAUAUAUAUAUAUAUAUAUAUAACAUAAAUGUAUUGCAUGUAUCGUGCUAGCAAGUUAUUGGUAAUAUUUACUCUUACCAUUUUUAGUUUUUGUGUGUGUCUUCCCAUCCCACAGUGCUUUCCCAGCAAGAUUUGACUCUAGCCCUGUUUGCAUGCUUUUGGGGAGUUCUUAACAAAGACCAGAGCUGCCACUGGGAAUCGAAAGAACAUCUGCAGCGUUCAUUGUAUGUUCUAAAGUAGUCUGUUUAAUUUAGCAGUGGUGUCUGCGCUAAGCUGUCCAGGAUUUUCAUUCUGGCCUUAUUAAGACCCAUUUUUAUUCAUUAACCGGUGACAAAUUGCUAAAUUCUAGCUAAAUAUCCAAGCUGUGAAUUUAGCGGGGUGAGGGAGGACUUUUUUUUACCUUUUGCAAUUCUGUUUUCAAUUUACUAAAAUUCAAUAUUUGGUUAAUAAACCCUAUUGGCAUCUAAAAAAUAUCAUAGUUUACAUAUUUAUACUUCAUUUUGCAAUUGACAUGGAAAUCAGGACUGAGACUUUAAACCGCUGGAAAAUCACUAACACAAUUGAUAAGUCGAUUUUGUUUAAAGCCUUUAAAUUAUUUGACAAAUUGUAUUAUUAGCCAAGGCUAGCCAAAAUUUGUCUCUUUCACUGAUGAACAGCAGAGUGCACCUUCUUAAGACCAAUUCAGGUUCCAAAAGCUUACUACUUCUGUUAUAAAGUGAGAAAUACAGCAGACUUAUUUAGAGUACAGAGAUUCCUUUUACACCCAACCAGCAACCUUUAAAAAUAAAUUCUACAUCAUAUCUCUGUUCCGUGUUCCAGAAAGGCAAUGUUUCUAGAUCCAGGUGUCUUAGUCAAGCCUACAAAGUUUAAAUGCUUGUAAAAUACAAUGACAGCACACAGAUUGUUGAAACUGCCUUUGUGUUGGCUAAACUAAUAAACACAUACAUGGAAAGAGAAGAGUUUUUGUAUUUUUUAUUUUUCUUUGUUUUAAUAACCUGCAUGUGUACUGUAUUGCCUUGUUUAAAGUUAGACUAACAUGACUCCUUAUUUUACCAUCUGUAUUGCUUGUGAAUUGUUGUCUUUACUUAAUAAAAACUUUAUUAUGUGCAUUGGUGAAUGUGAAUUUUAAUUUUCAGCAUUUUGCUUGAUGAAGCAGGACACAUCAAGUUGACAGGUAGGUCUCCUCCUCCUGCUACACUUAUAGUUAAUGUUAAAAUAAAAAAGAACAGAAGUGGGGGGGAGAAACACACACCGUAUUUUAGGUUUCCAUGGUGUUGCCAUAGCUUCCAUUAUUUAUUUUUUAACAUAUCAUGCAGUUUGUCUUGACAUGCUACCUUAUCACCAGCUGACACGCAAAGUUCAAUUGAAUUCACUAAUUGUCCUAAUGUGCACAUAAUGUAUAUCAAUAUUUUACCAUAUUUUUCACCUGACCUACAUUUUAAAGAGAACAAAGUUACCUUCCCCCCCCACCCCCACUCCCCCAAAUUAAUAUGCACAGCUGUGUGUUUAAUUUAGAACAAAGGCUACCAAAGAAUGCUGAAUACCUUUGCUUAUUUAUCAGUAUUUUGGGCACCUCCACUACAAAAUUACGUUUUACCAAAAUUAGAUCUUGAUGAGCCAUACAACUACUCAUAGUGGAUCUACUUUUUUAUCACAUGCUUAGAAUUCACUGCUGCAAGUUUCGUUAGGGUGCACUUUUGCCAUACUUUUGUUUUCCAGAUUUUGGCCUCAGCAAGGAAUCUGUGGAUCAUGAAAAAAAGGCAUAUUCUUUCUGCGGUACUGUAGAGUAUAUGGCACCAGAAGUGGUAAACAGACGGGGCCAUACACAGAGUGCUGACUGGUGGUCUUUUGGGGUCCUUAUGGUAUGUUAAAUCAACCCAGGACAUACUUGAAAACGAGAGCGAUCUCAAUGUAUCUUUCCUGGUAAAAUAUUUUAUAAAUAAACCAAUCUGGUUUUAAAUAUGUAUGUACUUGUUUUUUUUUGUUUUUUUUUAUUCCUUUUUGUGUGUGUGUGUGUAUUCUACUAUGCUGUAUGUUGAUAAAACAUUUAUUUUUUUUCUCAUAAACAUUUCACUGCAAGAUCAUUAUAGGAUACAUUUUAUUUUGAACGCUGUUUUAUUCCUCUGUGAGUGUUUAUGCACGAAUCAUGUGAAUACUACUAUUGAAAGUGCGUAUAGCCACUUAAUGCUUUCCACACUGUGUUCUCUCUCUUUCAGUUUGAAAUGCUAACUGGUACUUUGCCGUUUCAAGGUAAAGAUCGAAAUGAGACAAUGAAUAUGAUUUUGAAGUAAGUAUUUUUCCUUUUUUUUUUGUGUGUGUGUGUGUGUGCAUAAUCAUAUUUAAAUUGCUACCAAGGUCCUGGUAAAUACUGUAUGGUGAUGUGUUUUUAUAUCACAUAUAAAAAAAAAAAGCUGAAAAAGGAAAAUAAAAUUGGAUGUUUUGUAGAAAAUGUCCUUCACACAUCAGGGACUCCUAUGCAUGAUAACAUAUCCCCACCUAUGUUAAACCUGUAUUCAUGUUCCUCAAAUGGUCUUUGCCCUAAUUUGUAACCAAAGUUGAAGCCCUCCAUGUCUCCUGAAAUGCUCAGGUAUUCUCCUAAAGCCUAAGUAAUUCAUUGCUCAAACUUACAAAAAAACAUAUUUGGUUUUUAUUUUUAUUUUUUUGAGUGGUGGUGGUUUUGUUUUAAAGAGUAGAUGGUCGGCAGGGCAGCAUCUGUUUUUCUAGAAUUGCACCCACCCAGUUGUUUUGUUAGCCGAAGGCUGGUAAGAGACUCACCCUGUUAUGGAAAAUAUUUUCUGAAGUGGUGUAAAUUUACCCCCUAUCCCCAAUAAACAAAAAUGGUCUCCGCUAAAGAAAAAGUGCAAUAUAAAAAAAAGCAUAUAAGUUAUGAACACACUUUAAUAGUACUUUCAUCUCAUCUUAAAAGCAGCAAACUACUUUUGGGCUUGCAGAUGUUUGGACUACAUUUCACACAAUGCUCGGACACCAGGGAAAUAUAGUUCAGAGACAUCUGCUGUCACAAGAUGAUGUAGAGUAAGAGACUUCCAUCUAUUCCACAGAUAUUGGGAAGGUAGAUAUUUGCCUCCAGGGAGCACAAUGUAAUCCACAAAAUAUAGUUUGAAGGAAAAACAAUAUUGUUUUGUAUGAAUGUAAUUUACAGUGAAGCUUUUCAGUGCUUGGAUAAAAUCUUAGUUUUCAACAAUUUCAUCCUCAGAUCAAAGCUUGGGAUGCCGCAGUUUUUGAGCCCCGAAGCGCAGAGUCUGUUACGAAUGUUGUUUAAAAGAAAUCCGCUGAAUAGAUUGGGUAAGUGAUGAACGUAAGAAGGAAGAGACAUUUCAUAAUUUGUGUGCAUGUCAUUUUAUUCUUUGAGUUUUCAGAUGUUUCGUCAGACUACAACAAAGUGAUGAACUUGUUAUAUGCAUGGAAAGAUAAUGAAGAUAAAAGCAGCUGAAAAUCAUUCUCUUCCAUUUCCCUAAAUAAAUGUAUUAUUUAUUCUAAUCUUUCUGGAACUCUUUUGCCUUCACCACCACUUAUCCCAUGCAUUAACAAUCUAUUCCAGUGGUAGACAACCUUCAACACUCCAAAUGUUGUGGACUACAUCUCCCCUGAUGCUUUACCAGUGUUAAGACUGCAAGAUCAUUAUGGACGGGGGAUAUAGUCUAAUAUAAAUACACAAGAACGGCUCAAAAACGGGGAGGAUAAUUAAUGUAUACAAAUAACACAAUAUCACUAGGAAAUAAAGUGGGCUGCUUUACAACUAAUAUGAGCGACUAUUAAGGAUGAAAGAUCAACAAUAAGUGUGAGCGCUCCAAUAAUAAAGAACUAGAUAAGUAUAAUAAUGUCCACCACUUCAGCAAGAUCAUUAUGGGCGGGGGAUAUAGUCUGCAAUAUCUGGAAUGCCAAAGAUUGCGAACCAUGACCUAUUCCAUAAGCAAAAAAAAUAUUUUUGUAAACUAGCAAUGGGUCAUGUUUUAAUGGCUCAUCUGUGCAUGAGAAUCUUUAGUGUUGGGUUCCUGUGUCUGCAGAACAACUUGGUGGCAUUAUUUUCCCAUAAGUCAUGGUUCAGUGUAUAAUUUCAUUUAUAUUGUUCAGGUGCUGGGCUCGACGGUGUGGAAGAAAUAAAGCGUCAUCCUUUUUUCUCGACAAUAGACUGGAAUGUGAGUUUUCGUUAAUAAAUUGUGCCAGAGAUACUCUACAAUAUGGUAUAAACGUUACGAGCUUUCACUAAUCCGUGAAUCACUGCUGAGGAGUACAUUGACAAUUUUUUUAAAAUAACAUUUGUCAACUUGAAUUACAACAUUUAGGCAAAAGUUCCCCCUACUUGAUUUUUGACCUGUCACUCUGGUGUCUGGUUACCAUACAUUAAUAUUAUUUUUUUCACUCUGCAUUCUCCGAUAUGUAUAUGUCUCUGUGUAUGUGGAUGAUUGAUAGCAAACAUCACUUUAGCAGUAGGGUAAAAGAAAUUUGAGCAAAUCCAAAAUACUGCAAUACUCAAACUGCUGUUUCUAUAACCAGUUCAUAAAGACUAAGUUGUACAGACUUUUGUGUGGAUUUAUCAUUUUUACAUGCUUUGAAUGUUAUAAUCUUUGCGAAAAAAUAUUGUUUACAUUUCCUCCCAGAUACCUCUAGCCCAAAAAUGUUGUAUUUUAAAUGUGAUUUUUAUAAUUGCAUUUUUGUUUUACUUUUAUCUGUCUAUAGAUAUGAAAUAUGUGUUUUAUAUAUGUUUGUGUUUUCAGAAGCUAUAUAGACUGGAAAUACAGCCCCCGUUUAAACCUGCUUCUGGUAAACCAGAGGACACCUUCUGUUUUGAUCCAGAGUUCACAGCAAAAACACCUAAAGGUACUACGGACUAUUUUAAGGUGUAUUUUUUUCUUUGUAUUAUAUAUUUAUCAUUAAAGAAUGGCUGCAUUUCUGUGUGAUGUUUAUAUUUUUUCUUUUUUAAAUUUUACGUAAACCUUUUUAUAUAAAAUUCAUAUCUCUGUGAGUGGAGUUUUAAUCACUUUUAUGUAUCUCUAUAUAAUUUCUAUAUAGAAAUCUUUCUGUUCUGGAGUUACAUCAAUUUGGGAAAUUAGUUCUCAGUGAAUUUAACUCUUUGAAACAUUUUAAGGAGUUUUUCAACAGAAUCAUGGAAUACCUAAAUUUAUAACAAUAUACUCUGAAUUGGUCUUUUCAAAAGAAGUUCCAUUCCCAAUAUGAGAACAUGUUGUCAUAACAUCUUUCCUCUGUACUUGACAGCCUGUACUGCUCCUUGUCUGUCCAACCCUUUCCUCCUUGUAACCAUUACCCUGACCAAAUAAAUGUAAUAUGUGAUGUGUAUUUAAUAGCUAGUCAAGAGAACCUCCCCUUAACACAAAGGUGAAGGUUCUGCUAUUAAACAUCUCUAAUGUAAUGCAUAAUAUUUCUUCCUAUAAAUACAAAACCGUAGACCAGUGUAAAAUCUAUAUCACUUUGGUUCUACUUGGCAAUCAGACUGGACCUUUACAUAUAGUUUGUCAGUUUUAAAAAAUACCUGGGUGAGUUUGCAUUAUGUCAUUUCUUCCACACCUCCUCCUAAAAGACCAUUCUAAUUUCCUGACCUUACGAGCAAGACCAAAUUACAGGAGAUGGGUAUUGUGUUUAAAGUGCUGAUCUGCUGAAAAACUUACGUAGGCAUUUGUUGAAGGAAAUGUCUGAUAGACAAAGCAACGUCCUUGAUUUACCUGCUGCUCGCUUUCAUUAAAGUUCUCUAAUCUUAUACAGUGCAUAUUGCAUCUCUCAUGUUUUUAGUUACACAUACUAUUUGGUGCUUGACACUUUCUGUGUUAUGUGUCUGUCUCGGUGUAUACCCUUUUCAGGAAGUUAUUGUCUGCGAGGUUUGUUCACUUGUAACAGCAGAAAAAGAACGAGCAAGCUGCAAUUUGUAGAUCAAGAUUGCUGAACUGAAAAAAUAGCCGAAUUGGUGAAUUUUGCACAGUUUUCUUAGUUUUGGACUAAAAGUUGUAAUUCCCUAGUCCUUUCGUCUUGGUGCCUGGUUUCUAAAAUUUAACGUACGUUUCUCUCAUUUAAUCUGAAAACUACUUUUGACAUACAGAUUACAAUUAUCUACAGUAUAUUUCCUGUUAAAUACAGUGUAUUAGAUUGUAACUGGUAUGAAACAUGAUUUUGUUUUUUUGUUUUUUGUUUUGUUGUUUCUUUUCUUUUACACAAAGUGGCACGAUCUCUCUUAAGUCAGACUAAAUACCUUUUCCAUGAUUACUGUGAGUUCUGUUGUUUAUUUCUACCCUGCUUUGAUACAGAAUUUAUUUCUAGAUUAUUUGGAAUAAGAGCUCAAGCGUCCCUUUACUACUCUGCUUUCGAUGCCUUCUUAAACUAUGUUAAAACUAUCGUUAUUUGGGGGCAGAGCCUGACCGCCAAGCAGUAAAGACGUGGGCAACACGAGCUCUCGUCUGAUGGGCUAAAUUUGGGGUAAAAUCAGCGGCAACAUAGCCCACAGACUCACCGGGUUGCGCUACCCAUGUUGGGAGUGCACCACGGAACCGAAGGACAACACUCUGAAACCCGUCGGGGCCUACUAAAGUUAGAGCUGGGUCAAGACGGCCGCUCACCCCGACACCAGACGUACCAAGCGACUCCACUGGUCUCCUACACCCCACCUCUGGACCGGUGGGGGUUAUCCCGGUCCCCACUGGGAGAACGGACUGAGGCACCAACCAUUACCCCAACUGACUGAACACAGCAGACGCCUCAAGGUACUCCGACCUCACAAAAUGGCGGAGGCCCUACCACAAGCACCAUAAACUCCCGCACAGGCACGAGGGCCAAUACCAGACACUCUUGAAUCCAGACUGGACGCAUUGUUCCAGGCAUUUUGGAACAAACUACAGACCUGUGCCAUUGCCGACCAACCCAACCAGAGCACGGAACGGGAGGCAGGUGAUACCUCUCCGGGCAAUAUAUUUAUCAUAACGCCUCAUUGCAUCAACGGCUGCCUGCCAGGGCUGAUAGCCAACAGAGGCAUGGCCUCGAAGCAUCGACCACACAGGGGGAAGAACGCACGUCGCAGGCGGCAGAUGUCACUGCCAUUUUCCAACUGCCCCUUGGGGGGCCAGGACUGGGCCGCAUGUAGGUACUGAGUCCGUGGACGGAGGGUGUCGGCUAUCACCACAGCCUGUGGCUGGAGGACAAUCUCCUGCACCUGUUGCCCAUCGGUUGAACAUGACAAUCACCACAAACAGCCAACUACCCACAAAGCUGCUAACCCUUCCGGGCUGCAACAGCCACGCAAGCGGAAGAUCACCCGCCAUGACCAAAGUCACCCACGACCCUCCACAAACCUAAGGCAAGGGACGGAAUUGAUCCACAUGAACACCAGGGACAAUGGACUAGUGAUACUUACCCUUCUGCAGACCCGGAGUUGGAAGAGAGCCAUGAAAUGGCACACUGCGGUAGAUAACCAUUGGGACUCCCCUACACUUGUAUCACCUCUGCCGCUACUGGGGAUCGGAUGACCGGGCACCCACAACCACACCCAGAGAUCCUGGUAACUCACUGAAGACACUGAGCGAAGGGACAUGCCUGAUAAGAGACUCCCCAUUUAUUGUUGAGGAAGUACUAGCUAAGCUUUGUUUAUUUAGUUGCUUAUAAUUUUGACCUAAUCGGUUGCACAGUUUACUAUUCCUAGGCCCAGAACCCAGUGGUAUAAUGUUCUUAAUGCAUGCCAGACUCAAUGUUUAACUAGCCUGUCUACUCACAGACACAUCUGCCUAGAAAUUUUCAGUCCGAUGUCACUAGCCUGUAUAGUCACACAAAAAGUCAUAAGAUUGUAAUCAACUGCUCGAACACAAGAACAUAGCACGUCUUGGAUAGCAGUCUAUGUACAUUAUAUAUACACUACUACUAACCUAACCACACUAGCCUGUUUUAUUAUCUAGCAUAUUGUACCCACGCUACCUAUACUGUUACUAGAGCAGCUUAAGUAUUACCUUGACAAUUGUACCUUACAGUUAUGGAUGUGUUAACAAUCUACUUACGCUUAAAAAAGCUGAAGCUUCACGGAGAUAUCAUCAACUGUAUUGUUAUACCCCCGUUUGGAAUGUAUCUUAACUGUCUCCCCUUCUUUCUUCUGUUCCCAUGCAACUCUAUGCCUCAAUAAAAGAAAGAUUGACAAAAAAAAAAAACUAUCGUUAUUUAUGUGUGUACCUGUUUUAUAUAAAUUCAUUCUGUUUACAGUCUUCUAUAAUUUUGAAAUAGAGCAUUUUCGUUUGUAAACAGAGGGAAGCUAUUUUGUCUUUCAUUUUCUGCAAUGUAAAAGCUAAACCUAUUUUAUAGAAAGAUGACAGCUUGACUGAUUUGUCUUCUUAUUUCUAGACUCUCCAGGCGUUCCCCCGAGCGCAAAUGCUCAUCAACUCUUUAAAGGUUUCAGCUUUGUAGCGACAUCAUCUAUUGAAGACCAUAAGAUUUCCUCGAUUACAAAUGUGUUGCCAAUUGUACAGGUAAAAAAAAAACCCCCCAAAAAACGACUUUAUUCCAAAUAGAAUGCAUAGUUUUUGUUUUGAUACUUCAUUCUCUCUUUCUCUGCCAAAAUCAUUGUAAGAUGGUAUUUGAUAAUGAUCUAUACACUGGAGGAUUACCAAAGAUGAUCUUUAGUUCCACAUCUGAUCAUAUUUUUCUUUCAUUUAUAAGACUUCAUGGUGGCAGAAUAUAGUUUACACUUUGCGUAUUUUGUGUUUAUGUAGUCUUUUUGUAACUUUGCAGUCUAUUUCACGAUUUUGCUUGCAUAUAUAAAUACAGACAUUUAGUGCAGUGAGAGCUGCUGGUGAUUUCAAACUAGUUAUCUGUUUUCACCUUGUUAAAAAUAUCAGGGACUUUUUUGUUGGUGGGUCAUUAAUUCAUAGGGCUUUCUGCAAUCUUAGCACUUGUUAUGGCCGAAUAACUGGCAGAUUUUAAGCAAUAAACAUGCAAGUUUCCCUUGUUUCUAAGAUAUUAAUGUUUAUGUACAUUAUGGUUAAAGGAUCACUACAGCAUUAGGAAUACAAACAUACAUUCCUAAUGCUGUAGUGUUCCCUGCCCCUAAUCAGAAAUAGAUCCCCCACACCCCCUUCCCCUCCCUUUACAAUCAAGAUAAAAACAUAUAGUGCUUUAUUUACCGUUUUACAGCCCCCAGGCUCCCUUGGUACUGCUUACCUCCCAGUCUCCCACAAUGUCAUGGAGGACGCAAGACCUCCUCUGCCGAUAUCCAAUUUAAUUCUCUUCAAAGUUCUGGGAACAUAAUGUGCAUGUGUGAUGAAUGCCAUGCACACAUUAAAAUUUCCCCAGAGGAAAGCAUUGAAUCGCAAGGAAUUGCCACAUGCUCAAAUCUACUUUCACCAGCCCUCUCCAAGUAUACUAAAAGAACAUGGUAGUUCUUUGCAUGUAUUGACUUUCCAUGUAUACAUUGUACUUGUCAAACCGCUAGCAGAAUCCAAAAUGGUGUGUAUUAUAAAUUGAAGUUUGCAGCAUAUAUAUCUCUAUGCGCAUCAGAUAAGAAGAUAUAUUGUACACCUAUUCUGUGCUUUGAGAUAAGCAGACAAAUUGUCCGUUACCUUUGGUUACCAUAAUUGCAAUGCCAUUAUACAAAAAAAAUGGCUGUAAAUCCUACAUACUCCUGAAUACCCUCAAGGUGAAAAUAACUCUUUAUUCUACUAGUCAUUUCUUUAUUUAAAUAGGAUGUAUUAAUGUAGAGAGCCAGAAAUGGUAACUUUAUCUCACUGUGCAAAUACAGACCACAACUAGAGGCACUUCCUACUUUUAACCUUUGAUUUUCGAAAGGCUUCACAUUCAGACCGAAUGCAGCUAAUGCUUUUAAUAAAUUGUAUGUGAACAGCAUCUAUAAUUGCUCAAAAUUCAUCAGAAUUGACAGCUCACCUGAGGGCGAUCCUGCUGAAGACAGUCUCAGCGCUUGAAUAAUGGAAAGUUUCACUAAAAUUUUUUAUUUAUUUUAUUUAGCAAAAAAAAACACUCCAUCUAAUCCUAGAGCAAACCUAUUUAAUACAUUUUUUUUAAAAUUGAUAUUACUUUGUCAUUACAUCUAAUGGGUUAAUGAGGAUUUUAUAUCAUACAGGUUAAGCUGUGACUCACAGCUGCAGAGUUGAAUCAUCUUCUAUUCCUCUUUUUCUUUGUAAAUAUCAGGUAUAAGGCAAACCACGCAAGGGUCAAACCGGGGUUUUAUUAAGUAUUUUGUGCUAAUUUCCUUCCCAUUAGCACUUGCAAACAAGGAAAGCAUAAUGGUAUCAUCCACAGUUGCAUGCAAUGUGCUCUAUCACACAAUGUUACUGUCUGUAAGGGGCUGCUUGUGAGUUUGUCUGGUAAUGCUGAGCCUUCGAUGUGCACUUUAGAUGAGGCAUCAGCAGCUUUAUAAUGGGAUUUAUGGUUGCGUGUCCGUUCCUGAUGACUUCACAUUUAAAGACAGUUAUUAGUCAGGCACCCAGUGUUCUCAAGCAGAGUUUCCAAGUAAUAUCUGGCUUUUUCCAAUACAAUUGUGUGUGUACAGGGUCACAUUGUUUGCCUGGAAAAGCUCCGCUUACACUCUUAGAUGCCCCUGCACAGCUCUGUGUAGCUCAGUGGAGCUCACCAGCAGAAUCCAAACGCAGGCUCUGCAGCAGUGGGUGCAACAGUUCUCUUCCCUCGUUAUAUCUAAAUUUCUUCGAUAGGAAAGAGUUCAUGCUUACUUCAUUGGAUGAAAACACUUCUAAUUUUACUUUCAGAUAUGAAAGGCUACAAUAACUAAACCUGUUUGGCUUCCUUGACAGCAGAGCUCGAGGCUAAUAAGCAUCCAAGUUAUAAAUUGCUAGUCUGAUUAAAAGUUAUGUUAAAGGAACACUCCUAAAGCAUUUUUAGUUUGCUGAAGUGCUUUAUGUGUGAAGAGUAUCUCGUCUUAUUUUUAUUUUUGAAAAAGUGCAAUUUCUAUAGAAAGUCACUUUUAUAAAUUUUACCUGGUUACAUUCCCCUGGCUGUCAUUACCAUGUUACAUUACCCUGUCCUGUUGCUUUCUGGUUUCUCAGUGAAGCUAAAUUCAAGAGGCAGCAAUUGUCCAGAUCACCUGCCUUGCAAAGACUUCUCAUUGAGCUGCUUUGAGAAGUCUGUGAUUGGACAGCCACAAAAAGUCUGGGCGGGGUUAAAAGGGGAGGUCUUUUCAAAGGCUACAGACAAGACCUCUGCAGCUUUUGCAUGCUGAUUUAGAUAUACUCCCAAUGAAAAUAAAUGCAUCAUUGGGAGUAUAUUUACUAAACAGUGAUUUGUUCAUUUAUUUUUAGUUCAAGCAGUGAAGUGCUCUUUUAAAGAAGCAACUAUCUGGAUCCAUCUCUUACAUUGCUGAACUAAUAUCAUUCUUCUUACAGGAGAGCCUCUUUCUGAGCAAUGCAGAGUUAGUCUGGAGCUUCAGUAGUGCCGUUUUGCAAAAUAUCUACCAUGUCAAGUAUCCGGAUUUUAACUACAUGCUGCUUUUAGGUCAGGGCUUAAAACCUCAACUCCUAUGCCACUAGAGUGUCCUUGGGUUAAUCUUGACACAUUCAGCAGGAAUUAAUAUCCUCUCAUCAGGGAUAUAUUUUCAAUCACCAUUGGCUACUUCUAAAAAUGAAUUAUCAGUCACACACUGCCCUCAAUGCAUAAGCGUUUUAUAUCUUAUAUUUAUCUCAUGCUUUCAUGUCACUUUAGGUAUAUUGGUGACAGUACUUUUCUUUAGGAGUUUGAGUUACUAAAUUCAUCUGAACCCAGGAAGGGACUCCUUGUUUGUACGAGACUUCAAAUAAUUUUUUUUUUUUUUUUUAAAGAAUUAAUGGUUUCUUUAAAGUACAAACCGUGGUGUUUCUAUAGAGCAUAUGACAUGUCUGUACAUGUGAACAUUGCAUUAUUUGAGUGCCUUUUAUUGUACAAACAUGGUAUGCUGUCAAUUAUUAGCAAAAUUUAAUAGAUAGCGGUGAAGUGAAAAAAGUAUGUUGGCAUUUAAAAAAAAAAAAAAAUUAUAAUUUUUUUUUUUACUUGUUUGUGAAAUUGCUAUUUUAAAUAAAUGUUCUGUUUCUUGACAGCAAUUUCACGGAAGCCGAGCUCAAUUUACGGACAUUUAUGAUCUCAAAGAAGAUAUUGGAGUUGGUUCGUAUUCUGUUUGCAAGCGUUGCGUUCAUAGAGCCACUAACAUGGAGUUUGCUGUCAAGGUAUGACCACCCGUUUAUGUACGCCAUUGCUGAUUUGUAAAGGUUCACUUGCCUGUUUGUCGAUUUGCAUAGAAAGAUGUCUAUUUGAAUGGAAGCUGUUGUUAGCAUCCAUUUUUGUGUGCAUAUUUUGUAGUGGAGCUAGCGAUUCGAAUGCAUCCUUUCUAAGAAUUUUACAUAUAUUUGUACGGCUGUGUGCGUCAGUUUUAUUUGUAGACCUGCAUGCUUUGUUUGCUCAGUCAGAUUAUGUUUGCAGCAAAAUUCAGAAGCGCUUUAAUUGGCUUCAGUAGCAUUUCGUUUGCACAUAUGAAAACUAUAAUAUAUAAAUCAUUGCCAGGAAUAUCUUCUACAGUAAAAUGUGUUAUUUGAGAAUAUAUCUAAUUUUCUCACCCCUCCUGGGUGGUAUGUUUAUUCCUUAUUUUCGGGUCCUCUAACCAGAGGCUUAGGAGUUUGAAGGUUCUGCGCAGUAUCUUAGCUGUUCCUAGAACUGCAUUCUUCUGGACAGCAAUCUCAGAUGUCCCAACUGGAAUCGGUUGAAGUCCCCAACUUGAGUCACAGCCCUGAGGACUACUACUGCCUUCACUUUCCACAUCCUUUCUAGUUCUUCUGUCAGUCCUUUGUAUUUCUCCACCUUCUCAUGUUCCUUCUUCCUGAUGUUAGUCACUGGGUAUUGCCACAUCCACCACGACUGCAGUCUUCCGUUCCUUGUCUACCACCACGAUGUCGGGUUGGUUGGUUGGGCAGCACUUGCUUGUCUGUCUGGAUCUUGAGGUCCCACAGGAUCUUAACCCUGUCAUUCUCGACUACCCUUUUGUGGUAUCUCCCAUCUGGACUUAGGCAGUUCCAAUUUAUAUUCUGUGCCGAUGUUUUGUUAUACAAUCCCAGCAGCUUGGUUGUGUAUGCUGUUCCUAUUAACAUCUUGCAUCCAGCUACUAGGUGCUGAACUGUCUGAGGCCUCUUUGCAUAGUCUGCACCUUGGGUCUUCCCUGGUGUGGUAGACUCCAGCUUUUAUUGAUCUGAUGCUGAGUGCCUGUUCAUGUGCUGCUAGGAUUAGUGCCUCAGUGCUAGGGAUCGACCGAUAUUGAUUUUUUUAGAGCCGAUACCGAUACCGAUAAUCUGCGAACUUUCAGGCCGAUAUCUUGCCGAUAUUCUGUACAUUUACUAUUUUGAAUAAAUAAACUAAUUCGAAAGGUAAAUGCACAAAAUAUACAUGCCACAUGUAGUGGAUGAAGUGUGUUUAGACAGGGGAACUGUGUGUGUUUGUGUAGUGUGUGUGGUGGAUGCAGGGUGUGUGUGUGUGUAGUGUGUGUAUAAUGAAUGUAGUGUGUAUAUAAUGCAGUGUGUGUAGUGUGUAUAUAAUGCAGUGUGUUUAUGUAGUGUGUGUAUAAUGCAGUGUGUUUUUGUGUAUGUAUGUAAUGCAGUGUGUGUGUUUGUGUAGUGUGUAUGUAUGUAAUGCAGUGUGUUUGUGUAGUGUGUAGUGUGUAUGUAAUGCAGUGUGUGUGUAGUGUAUGUAAUGCAGUAUGUGUACUGUGUUUGUGUAGUGUGUAUGUAAUGCAGUGUGUGUGCAGUGUCUCUGUAAUGCAGUAUGUGUUUGUGGUGUGUGUGUAGUGUGUCUGUCUGUGUAGUGUGUGUAUGUAAUGCAGUGUGUGUGCCUGUGUAGUGUGUAUGUAAUGCAGUGUGUGUGUAUGUAAUGCAGUAUGUGUUUGUGUAGUGUGUGUGUUUGUGUAGUGAUGUAAUUUGUGUAAUUUUUUAUUUUAAUAUUUUUUUUAAUAUUUAAAUGUUUGGUUUUUUUUGUUUAGCCCCCCCUCCCUGCUUUUUACCAGGGAGGGGGAUAUAGUAUCCCCUAGUGGUCCAGUGGCUUGUUAAGUACAGUGGUGGCUCAGCAACAGCAAGCGCUGACUUACCUUGCAAGCAGCUCCUACAGCUCCCUGUGUAAAUCUCGCGGCUCUUAGUGCCGCGCGGAGCGUUGCCAUGGUAACCCGUGGCAACGCUCUGCGGCCGCGGGGUCCCGCGAGAUUUACACAGGGAGCUGCAUGCAAGGUAAGUCAGCGCUUGCGGCUGGCCCCCACAGGACCGCCGGGCUUGUAAUGGGCCCGGCGGUCCUGUUAUAUAUUAUCGGCAAUAUCGGUAUCUGAAUUGGCCGGUACCGAUAUUGCCGAAAAUACCAAAUAUCGGCCGAUAAUAUCGGCCAGACCGAUAAUCGGUCGAUCCCUACUCAGUGCUGUCUUUCAGUCCUGCCUUUUCCAACCACUGGUAGGAUUUUGUCAUGUGAGCCACAUCCACUAUCUGCCGGUGGUACAUCCCAUGGAGAGGUUUGUCUUGCCAAGGAACCUCCUCUUUUUCUGCAUCCUAUAUCUAUUGAAGUCUCAGGCAUUCCCUUAGUAGUUCAUCUUUGGGAGCCAUAUUCAUGAUGUACUUGUGGAAUGCUCUGUGUUUCAUCCAGGUCUGUGGCCUUGGCACUCAUCAGGCCCGUCCUCCUUCCUUUUGGCUGGUGUACAAUCUCUGGGUGCUGGAUUUCGGGUGGAAUCCUCCAUUCAUAGUGAGUAUGCUUUCUGGUCUUGACAUCCAUGGUGACCAGUUCUUCUCUUGGCCAGGUUAUCAUUCCGGCUGGGUACCUGAUGACCGAUCGGGGAUAUGUGUUGAUGGCUUGGUUCUUGUUCUUGCCAUUGAGCUGGGACUUCAGGACCUGUCUGACUCUUUGGAGGUACUUAGAUGUUGCAGUCCUCCUUGCCUCUUCCUCAUGGUUGCCAGGUUUGUGGUACCCACAUGUACUUGUAGCUGUCCUCUACAUCUUCUAUUUGGCCUUCUGGAACUUCAACUCCUUCUCUCCUGAUCAUCUUCCUUCUUUUUGCUAUCAUCCGCCCGCACUUCUCUAGUCUGAACGACAUUCCGAUGUCCUUGCUGUAUAUCCUAGUUAGGUGGAUCAGUGAGUCAAUUUCCCUCUCAUUCUUGGCAUACAGCUUGAUGUCAUCCAUGUAGAGUAGGUUGCUGAUGGUAGCUCCACUCUUGAACCUGUAUCCAUAUUCACUCUUCUUGAUGAUCUGGGUAAGGGGGUUGAGGCCUAUGCAGAACAGCAUUGGGGAUAAUGCAUCACCUUGGUAUUUGCCACAUUUGAUGUUCACUUGAGUUAUUGUCCUGGAAUUGGCUUCUAGAGUUUUCUGCUUGCCCAUCAAGUUCUUGAUGAAGGUUCUUAUUGUCUUGCUGACCUUGUAGAGAGCCAAGCAUUCCAGUGUCCAUGUGUGUGGCAUUGUGUCAUAGGCAUUCUUGUAGUCCACCCAGGCCAUGCUCAUAUUGGUCUGUCUGGUCUUAGAAUCCCUUGUGACUGCUUGGUCUACCAGUAGUUUGUUGUUUCCAAUCCCCUUCUGAGUAUUGCUCAUAUAUUAACUGAUAUGCCCUUGAAUCUUGGAGGCUCUGAUGCCUGACAGGAGUUUCCAUGUUGUGGGGAGGCAGGUUAUUGGUCGGUAGUUGGAUGGUGUUCCCUUGUGAGGGUCUUUCAUGAUCAGUAUUGUUCUGCCUUGUGUUAGCCUGUUAGUAGAUGAUUCAUUUGUGCUGCUAGGCAUUUAUGCAGCAUUGUUAACUUCUUUAUCUGAUUGUUUUGGAUCAUGUCAGGUCCUGGGGCUGACCAACUCUUAAUGUGUGCUGCUCUCUGUUGGAUAUCUUCGACUGUGAUGGUGACUGGUUCCUGUACUGGCAGCAUAUAGUGGUCUGCUUUCUGGUCCAGUAGCCACUGGGUCUCUGUGUUAUGAGAAGCUUUUCCCCCAGAUAUUCUUCCAGUACUGUUCAGUCUCAGCUCUAGGUGGAUCUUGCGAGGAGAUGUGAUGGUUACCCUGUAGCUGUGCAUACACCUUGGAUGGUUCUUCGGUAAAGAGGGCAUUGAUUCUCUGGUGUAUCUGCUCAGUCUGGUUGCCAGUGCUGUCAGUCUUUGCUUAGCUGUUUCCAGCGUCUCUGGUAUGGGCAUAUCCUUGUACUUCCGCAGCAGCCAGGAUCUAUCUUUGAUUUUUCCUCCUCUGUUAACAAGUUGAUCCAGGUUACUAACUUCCUUCCGUGUUGUCUUUAUCUUGGCUUCCAGUCAUCUCCAUGGUGGGCAUUGCUUCUCCUUGAGCCUGAUUUUGUUGUCAUACAUACAUAUGUUCAGAAGGAGAGGCCGGAGCUGUAUUGUACACAAUCACCAAAAUUGUAGACUACUUGCACUGUCAAGGGGUAUGGGAAACAUUUCAGAUUCAAUUACACAACUUCUUACAUUCCCCUUGGCAAAAGUUGCUAUGAAUCACUGCAUGUGCUGAGUUUAACCCGUCUGCGGCUGUAAUUCCACCUCUGCGUCAUUAAAGCAUCAUAUGCCAGCCCAUAACAAGAGUUCCAUGCUGGCUAAAGUCAAUUCUGUGCAUAUUUAGCGUCUGUCAUUGGCACGCACAGCAUGUCCUCUCCUCAGCCCAUCCUUCCUGGCAGGGGAGAUUUGGGCUGCAGGGAGAGCAUAAGGUGAGUUUUAGCUGAUUUCUUGGAGGGUGGAACCAGGGUUACUCUACUCAAAAGCAGUUUUUUGGGUUUUUUUUGGCUGGAGUAACACUUUCAAUAUUUAUAUGACUACUACUAUACUAGACUGUUACUAGAUUUUACAUCAUUAGAGAGUAUAUUUUAAUGUAUACAGUUCAUUGUAUGAUUUGCAUGUUUGUUUUCUUGCAGAUAAUUGACAAAAGUAAAAGGGAUCCAUCAGAAGAGAUAGAAAUUCUGAUGCGCUAUGGGCAGCAUCCUAACAUCAUUACUCUGAAAGAUGUAAGAUGUGAUCUGUAUUCUUGAUUCUUUUAAAAGAAAGUGACUUUUCUGACUUUAUUCCUUUUUUUUAUUUUUUAUUUUUUUUUUAUUACAAUCGUCUCAAUUUUUUUUGAGGAAAGGCAAUACCAUGUUGUUGUUGUUGUUUCUUACUUUUUACAGGUAUAUGACGACGAUGGCCGGUAUGUUUACCUAGUUACAGAGUUGAUGAAGGGUGGCGAGCUGUUGGAUCGCAUCCUGCGUCAGAAAUACUUUUCUGAACGAGAGGCCGGAGCUGUGUUGUACACAAUCACCAAAACUGUAGACUACUUGCACUGUCAAGGGGUACGUGAACAUUUCAGAUUCAAUUACACAACUUUACACCCCCCUCAGCAAAAGUUGUUGCUCAGAUUUGUCUACCAUACAAAAUCUGAUCAAAUAGCAAUGUUCUUAACACCAUAGCAACCUAGGUUCUUGAUAUCUUAUCGUUUGAAGAGCUCCACUGUCAUUCUCUCCCUGCACAUAGUUACUUAAAACUGUGACAAAUUGCAAAACUUGCUGCAACUAUAAGUGCACACAUCCUGCUUAGAUAUCACAGGAAGAUGUGUAAUUUUUAAAAAAAAAAAUUUUUCGUUAGUUUUUAGUUUUUGUUUUUUUUCACUACUCGUCCAAGUACUUAUGCCAUCUGGUGAGCAGUAGUUUGUCAUAUGCUCUAUUUUCACUAUGAACAAUGGAAAUGCUACAAUUGGCUGAAAUAGGUCAAUUUCUUCCUAGUCUGGGCAGAGCUCACUACAUGCAUUUAUUCACUAAAGUCUAAAUAGGACCCAUGACCAAUGGGGUAAGGGGGGGGGGAGAGAGAGAAACAGCCAGCUGUAUACCGGGCCUUUUGUACUGCAAAAUCCAGACAUUGUUCAUGAUAUUUAACAAUGUCUUUAUUUUACAAUGUCAGCUACACCAAACACUGCUGGCCCGGGCCAUAUUUAAAAAUAAUCUGAACUAUUUGUCAGCUGGUAGUUAAAGCCUAUGGGGUUAAAAAAAAAAAAGCUCUAAUACUACAGACUAAAGUUAUUCAAGAAAUUAUCAUAAUUCAGAGAGAAAUUGAAGAUCUAUUCAUUAUAAAAGUUAAUAAUAUGAAAAUGAAACAAAUUGUAUUAUUUGGGUAAUAGAGCAGAUAAAACUAGAAAAGCUACAAUUUCUGGGGAAAUUGUGUGAAGUGUUCUUGCUUCCACCAGUAGUCUACAACUGGAGUGGGCGACGUAACUGUUAUCAUUUAUAUAACACAUUUAAUUGCAAGGUUGUUGCACAGUUACAUUAAACCAUACAUUUAUAAAAUAUUAGCAGGUGUUCAAAAGGCCCUGUCUAUGACAUCACUUGCUGCUGCAGCCUGACACAGGUCAGAGUAUUUUGGUGGUUGCCAUCUUCAAACGGUCGUAUCUUAAAAACUAUAGAUCCUACAGCGAAGAGCUUUAUAUUGUGAGAAUCACAAGACCCAGACCUACAUUUGGAUGCAGGCCCGGACUGGCCAUCGGGCAUACCGGGCAAAUGCCCGGUGGGCCGCGAUGGCCGUGGGGCCGAGGCCGGCAGGGAGAUCCCAGGAUCUCCCCUGCCAGGCCAGCGCUAUCCGAGCGCCAGCCCUGCUAUGUGAAUCCAUGGGCCGGUGGGGAGAUCAAAGAUCUCCCUCACCGGCCCACAGACAGUGAGAUGCGGCCGCCGGCUGGGGAGAGAGGACCGGCGGAGCUCUAACCCGCAGCUCCGCCGGGUCCUCUUGCGAGAUUCUGAGCGUUGCCGCGGUUACCGCGGCAAUGCUCAGAUCUCGCGAGAGUGAACUCUAACCCGCAGGUUAGAGUUCACUCUCACCACUGGACCACCAGGGAAUGCAGCAUGGUCCCCCCUCAAGGCUCCCCCUCCCAGGCAGAACGGCUCCCUCCCCCUCCCAGGCAGAACGGCUCCCUCCCCCUCCCAGGCUAAAGGUAAGAAGGGGGGGGGGGAGCACAACUUUUUUUUAAAUUAUUCAUAAAAAUAUAUAUAUAUAUAUUAAAAUAAAUUCCCUAACAGCCCCCUCACAAACAGGACCCCCAGACACACACACAGCACCAGAUACACACAGCACCCCAGAUACACACAGCACCCCAGAUACACACAGCACCCACACAGCAUACACACAGCACCCAGAUACACACAGCACCCAGAUACACACAGCACCCAGAUACACACACAGCCCCCCCAGACACCCACAGCCCCCUCACACACAGCACCCCCAGACACACACACAGCACCCCCUGACACACAGCACCCCCAGACACACACAGCACCCCAGAUACACACAGCAGACACACACAGCACCCCCAGACACACACACAGCACACCCAGAGACACAUAUACAUAUACAUAUAUAUAUAUAUAUAUUAUAUAAAAUAACCCUCAGUGAGUUAACAGACAAAGAAAAUUAGAAACCUAGAAUGUGACGGCAGAUAAAAACACCCUCACACACAGCACCCCUCUUACACAAACACACUGCGCACAUCACACAUACAAUACGUCCAAAUAUAUAUAUAUAUAUAUAUAUAUAUAUAUACACACACACACACACUACAGCACCCCUCACACUGCACCACUACACACAUUACGCUCCAAAUACACGCUAGAUCCCUUACCCUAUAUGCACUCUUAAUCCUCUACACACAUUCACACACACACACACACAAUCGUCUAUACACACUCUGGGUCCUUUACACACUAGAUCUCUUACACACACACACUGCACCACCUACACACACACACACUAUAUUCCUUGUAAGGAAAGACAUACAACAUUCUCUAAACACACCCUCUCUACAACCCCUACACACACUACGUCACCUAUACACACACACUACUGCCCGUAUGCACACACUCACUACAUCCCCUUUAACACUAUGCCCCUAUACACGCAUUCUCUACAGCCCCUAGCAACACAUAUUACACCUAUUUACACAAUACCACACUACACAAUUUAAAAGGAAACACAGCGCAAGCAUGUUAUUACAUUUGCUUGCGCUGCGCAGAACAAAUUCAGGGCCUUUUUCUAAUGCCAGAGCUCUUCAGCGGGGCUCUGCGCAUUGAACCAACAUGCUCACUUUGAGAGGGGGCGUGCUUGUCAUUAGUGAUGACAAAACACACCCUCUCUGGCCCCGCCUCCUUCUUGGGGGGCCGCUCUAAUUGAAAAAAUGCCCGGGCCUAAUUUUUUUCCCAGUCCGGCCCUGUUUGGAUGCAUAGUAUGUCUCUGAAGUAUUAAAAAUGAAGGCACAGUCGCAGUUUAGAAAUUGCACUUCAAAUUUGAGCUUUGUAGAGGGAAGUUUCAAUGAAUGUCAAUGGACGGCGUUAGUUGCAAACAAAUGAUUAGAUUGUGAAAACUAUCAGGACUAUGGCUUAGCCGUUGACAUGUUUAGUGGCAGCAGGGAUUGCUGAACGUUUUGAUAUAAGACUUGUGUAGGUGGGCCUGAAAAUAAGGGAGUGGUGGCAGUUUAGAAAUCAUGUCCUGAUUUUUCAGCUUUUGCCAGCUCCCACUCUAGCUUUGCCAUUCAUUCCUAUAGGACAAAUUUUGCCACAAGAACGACGAUAUUCCGUGAACCAUUCGGCGAAACGUUCCUAGUAAUAACAAUCGAUCGGGGAACAAUCUGCGUUUUGGUAAAUUUUUGUCUAUGUAGUGUAAAACUGUGGGAGGAGUUAGGGUGGCAAAUUUUGCUAUAAUAAGAAUAAUAAUAUAACUAGAAAGCUACAAUUUCAGGGGAAAUUGUGUGAAGUGUUCUUGCCUCCACCUGUAGUCUACAACUGGAGUGGGCGGAGUAACUGUUAUCAUUUACAUAGCACAUUUAAUUGCAACGUUGUUGCACAGUUACAAUAAACCAUACAUUUAUAAAAACAUUAGCAGGUGUUCAAAAGGCCCUGUCUAUGACAUCACUUGCUGCUGCAACCUUGACAGGUCAGAGUAUUUUGGUGGUUGCCAUCUUCAAGCGGUCAUAUUUUAAAAACUAUAAAUCCUACAGCGAAGAGCUUUAUAUUGUGAGAAUCACAAGACCCAGACCUACAUUUUGAUGCAUAGUAUGUCUCUGAAGUAUUAAAAUUGAAGGCACAGUCGCAGUUUAGAAAUUGCACUUCAAAUUUGAGCUUUGCAGAGUGAAGUUUUAAUGAAUGUCAAUGGACGGCGUUGGUUGCAAACAAAUGGUCAUAUUGUGAAAACUAUCAGGACUACGGCUUAGCCGUUGACAUGUUUAGUGGCAGCAGGGAUAGCUGAACGUUUUGAUAUAAGAUUUGUGUAGGUGGGCCUGAAAAUAAGGGAGUGGUGGCAGUUUAGAAAUCAUGUCUGAUUUUUCAGCUUUUGCCAGCUCCCACUCUAGCUUUGCCAUUCAUUCCUAUGGGACAAAUUUCGCCACAAGAACGACGAUAUUCCGUGAACCAUUCGGCGAAACGUUCCACAAAGUAAUAGCAAUCCGAUCGGGAACAAUCUGCACGUUUUGGUAAAUUUUUUGUCUAUGUAGUGUAAAAACUGUGGGAGGGGAGUUAGAACAGCAAAUUUUAUAUAUAUGUGCGUAACAUGUAUAUAUAUGUGAGAUAACAUUAAGUGGAUGGCUAUGCGACAUGUAACUAAACUUCUAAUUUCUAGGGAAAUUGUGGCAGAGGUAAUUCUUGCCUCCACCAGUAGUCUACAACUGGAGUGGGCGGAGUAACUGUUAUCAUUUAUAUAGCACAUUUAAUUACAACGUUGUUGCACAGUUACAUUAAACCAUACAUUUAUAAAAACAUUAGCAGGUGUUCAAAAGGCCCUGUCUAUGACAUCACUUGCUGCUGCAGCCUGACAGGUCAGAGUAUUUUGGUGGUUGCCAUCUUCAAACAGUCAUAUUUUAAAAACUAUAAAUCCUACAGCGAAGAGCUUUAUAUUGUGAGAAUCACAAGACCCAGACCUACAUUUUGAUGCAUAGUAUGUCUCUGAAGUAUUAAAAUUGAAGGCACAGUCGCAGUUUAGAAAUUGCACUUCAAAUUUGAGCUUUGCAGAGUGAAGUUUCAAUGAAUGUCAAUGGGCGGCGUUGGUUGCAAACAAAUGGUCAUAUUGUGAAAACUAUCAGGACUACGGCUUAGCCGUUGACAUGUUUAGUGGCAGCAGGGAUAGCUGAACGUUUUGAUAUAAAAUUUGUGUAGGUGGGCCUGAAAAUAAGGGAGUGGUGGCAGUUUAGAAAUCAUGUCCUGAUUUUCAGCUUUUGGCAGGUCCCACUCUAGCUUUGCCAUUCAUUCCUAUGGGACAAAUUGCGCCACAAAAACGAUGAUAUUCCGUGAACCAUUCGGCGAAACGUUCCACAAAGUAAUAGCAAUCCGAUCGGGAACAAUCUACUUGCGUUUUGAGUAAAAUUUUGAGGUCUAUGUAAUUUAGCAACCAAAAAACUGUGGGAGGAGGAUUUGGGGUGGCAAAUUUUGCUUUAUAAUAAUAUAUAAUAUAUAUGUGAGAUAACAUUAAGUGGUCUUGCUUAUGCAAGAACACUUAAUAACUAGAAAAGCUAAAAUUUCUGGGGAAAUUGUGUGAAGUGUUCUUGCCUCCACCAGUAGUCUACAGCUGGAGUGGGCGGAGUAACUGUUAUCAUUUAUAUAGCACAUUUAAUUGCAACGUUGUUGCACAGUUACACUGUUACACAGUUAAACCAUACAUUUAUAAAAACAUUAGCAGGUGUUCAAAAGGCCCUGUCUAUGACAUCACUUGCUGCUGCAGCUUGACACAGGUCAGAAUAUUUUGGUGGUUGCCAUUUUCAAACGGUUGUAUCUUAAAAACUAUAACUCCUACAGUGAAGAGCUUUAUAUUGUGAGAAUCACAAGACCCAGACCUACAUUUUGAUGCAUAGUAUAUCUCUGAAGUAUUAAAAAUGAAGGCACAGUCGCAGUUUAGAAAUUGCACUUCAAAUUUGAGCUUUGCAGAGUGAAGUUUCAAUGAAUGUCAAUAGACGGCGUUGGUUGCAAACAAAUGGUCAUAUUGUGAAAACUAUCAGGACUACGGCUUAGCCGUUGACAUGUUUAGUGGCAGCAGGGAUAGCUGAACGUUUUGAUAUAAGAUUUGUGUGGGUGGGCCUGAAAAUAAGGGAGUGGUGGCAGUUUAGAAAUCAUGUCCUGAUUUUUCAGCUUUUGCCAGCUCCCACUCUAGCUUUUCCAUUCAUUCCUAUGGGACAAAUUGCGCCACAAGAACGACGAUAUUCCGUGAACCAUUAGGCGAAACGUUCCACAAAGUAAUAGCAAUCCGAUCGGGAACAAUCUGCACGUUUUGGUAAAUUUUUGUCUAUGUAGUGUAAAACUGUGGGAGGAGUUAGGGUGGCAAAUUUUGCUAUAAUAAUAAUAAUAAUAAUAUAUAUGUGAGAUAACAUUAAGUGGUCUUGCUAUGCAAGAACACUUAAUAAUAAUAUAUGUGAGAUAACAUUAAGUGGUCUUGCUAUGCAAGAACACUUAAUAAUAUAUAUGUGAGAUAACAUUAAGUGGUCUUGCUAUGCAAGAACACUUAAUAAUAAUAUAUAUGUGAGAUAACAUUAAAUGGUUUUGCUAUGCAAGAACACUUAAUAAUAUAUAUGUGAGAUAACAAUAAGUGUUCUUGCAAGAACACUUAAUAAUAAUAAUAUAUGUGAGAUAACAUUAAGUGGUCUUGCUAUGCAAGAACACUUAAUAAUAUAUAUGUGAGAUAACAUUAAGUGGUCUUGCUAUGCAAGAACACUUAAUAAUAUAUAUGUGAGAUAACAUUAAGUGGUCUUGCUAUGCAAGAACACUUAAUGACUAACCAACUUAAAAAAACAUAACUACAUUAAAUCAAAGCUAAAGGAUAGAAAAAAAGCAGGUAAGUAGAGGAAAGACAUAUGUCACUGGGCUAAUUGAGGGAUAUAAGUAAAUACCUCUUUAACCCCUUAACGACCAAACUUCUGGAAUAAAAGGGAAUCAUGACAUGUCACACAUGUCAUGUGUCAUUAAGGGGGAUCUCCCCAAGACCCAAACCCAAGCAGAGACCACUAAUAAAAGUGUCCUGUUCCUGUGUACCUCGGCACUGUGGUGAACCACACGUGCCUACCUGUAACCCUCUCCCUUCCUGUUCAGAUAGCUAGAAACAAAUUAACUUAAAUUAAAUAAUUCAUAACUAAGUGCUACCAAAGUGAAAAAAAAAAAAAUAAAUGUAAGCUCGACGCGCAUUUCGGUGUUCUAACAUGCCGCCGUCAGGAGCAAUAAACUUUGGCAUAACCUUGUAUCGGUUUAUAUACCCAUUGUAGCAAUCAACUUGUAAAGUAUUGUCUGCUGUGUGUGCCCCACGUGUGCUUGUACUGCCGUGUUUACUGCCUUCUGAUUGGUCACUAAUCAAUAGACACUGGUCCUGAUUUGAUACGACGUCUGUCACAAGGCAUGUGACCAGGGGGCGUGACGGCAGAAUCUGCUGACUGGACAAUGCCCACAUGGGGAGACUAGUCGUAUGGAGUGGGAGUGGUAUGGUCGCGUCACCUAGUGACGAAAGCUGCACCACCUAAAGACCUCCCACUAGAAUGAUCCCGAUUGGACACUACAAAUUCCAAACGGCAAGACGAGUACUCUCCCCCCCCCUCCUCAUCAUCCUCUAAAAUCACGGAGGAUGGUAGUGAGGUAAGGGGAGAAGAUUUACAACACAUAAACUGCUCAAUCAUUCAGUUCACAUAUCAAUAGAGCAGAAUCUCCCCUCAGUCACUGCACGAGCCAUGAAAGCUUGUUAAUAAAUGUUAUCCUGCAAUGAGAGUACACCCUGAUGUAAAGGUAUUCAUACUGCAGCGUAUCAAUCCUACUGUUAGUGUAGACAUAGAUUCAUUAAUUUACCCAAACUUCUAAAUAAUAGGUAAUAGUAUAAUUACCCCAACGGUUAUUCCAUGAACCAUAAAGGCUCCAAAUCAACUGUAUUAAGCAGAAAGUUAUUGAAACUUCAGCAUAUCAGUUAUUACCUUCAGAGUAGAAAGAAUAAAUGGAUACUAAAAACUGUCUAAGUGGUCAAUACGCUCACAUCAGAGUUUAGUGGCUAAUACCAUAGUCAUUAAAAACCGAUACAAGUAACCAAAGAAAAGAAAAAAACACUCAGUGGUGUAUACAUUUUAAAUGAACAGUAAUUAUAUACAAAUGUUCAACCUACUGUCCAUAUAUACGGACUUGGUAGGGAUAUCAUUACUCUGUAUCACAUCAAAUAUAGAGUGAUCAAAGGAAUGCGGCAAAUGAAAAACCCUCGUUCAACAGGGGAAAGGGUCUUAAGUCUAUAAAUCCAAUAGGAUUCUCGUUGUCUCCAUUUCAUAUCCCAGUCACCUCUCCUUUGGGUCUGUGGGAUAUGCUCAAUUCCCAUGAAUCUCAAUUUUUUAGAGGAAUUUGAAUGAUGUAUUUCCAAAUGGUGGGAUAUUGGAGUUUCUAAGGGUCUCCUAACUGAAUUGACAUUUUCCCUAAUCCUUAAUUUGAAAGGUCUAAAAGUUUUCCCCACACAUCUUAUGCCACAAGAACAGGUAAGUAGAUAAAUAACACCCUCUGUUCUGCAAUUAAAAAAUGAACGGACCGGGAAAAUUUCGAUGUUAUUACUAUCUGUGAAUUCUUUGGCAUUUUUUUCAGUGAACUCACAUGCACUGCAAUGCCCGCAUUUAUAUGUGCCCUUGGGUAAAUAGUUAUUGAGCCCUCUUUUCAGACUUGAGAACACUUUAGUCUACCUCAAUACAAAAAGAAAGCGGCCCGAUCCUCCUUUUCCUACAGAGCGCCACAAUUGUGGAACGACCUUUCCUGGUAAAAUAUUUUAUAAAUAAAUAAAAAUACGAACAGAUACAUAGAAACACAGCACUAAAAGUGUUGAGGCAUCGCUAUAUCACCUGGAAGUGAAAGUAGUUUAUCACCAGAUCUCAUUUAUAUUCUUUAUAUACUUAGCUGCAGGUAUCUCUACACUGGAUAGAGACCAUUACGACCACUACUUUGACUUCUAGGUGAUACAGCGAUCCCUCAACACUUUUAGUGUUGGGUUUCUAUGUAUCUAUUUGUAUUUUUAUGUACUUCGUACACCAGCAGUAUGAAAAAUUUCAAAUGAUUAGGCAACCGUGGCUAACAAAAUUUCCUAUUUGACAAAGCCCUGCUUCGUAUUUAUACUCUAAUAUAAUAGACAAUGGUUAGGCUGUUCUGUUAUAUCCCCAUUACGCGCACAACUUAAUUUAAAUGUUGAGUUUAGUAUGUAUAAGUAUGCAAUGUCUUGUUGCAUGUAUAGUUAUGUCAAAUUCUUAACUAUAUUGAUCAUUUCCAUGAUAGUAUGAUUAAUACUUGAAUUCUAAAGAUAAAUUAUUUGAAUGAAAUUGUCUGACAAUUGAUGUCUAGGUCUCUGUUUUGUAAGACUACUUGUUAAAAAUAAAUUAUUAUUACAAAAAAAAGCCUAUGGGGUCAAUAAGAUCCCCAUUUUGCUAUAAGGGAGGAUUCAAAACUCCUUGUGAACUUACCUGCAGCAGGUGGGGGCAUAUCUACUAACUAGUUAAAACUAUCAACCACCAUAGUUUGCAUAUUGCUAGUAGGGCCUCAUAGUACCCACACCCUUUAUACCAAUAACACUGUUCUUUACAUAGAAUCCUGGGUUAGGCUGCAGUUGCAUAGAUUAUGUAAUUGCAAUGCAAAACCUUUGACAAAAAGGAAGACUAGCCAAUAUGAUUAACCAACUCACUACUAAUUUUCGUUGUACUUUCCGAAGCAAAAAUUAUCAACAAUGUAAUAAUUACUUUUGUAGUAACCAAAUUAAAGUGGCACUGUGUUUUGCUUUUCUUUUUGUUUUUUCCCUCUAUAGGUACCCGAACUACUUCAUAUCAGUGUAGUGGUCUGGGUGCUAUGUCUCCCCUGUGUUGUGUUUUUUUUUUUUUUUAUGCUGCAAAUGAAGACAUUGUCUUUCUGUGGGAACGGCAGUGUUUUCAGUGCAUGGUUAACUUGCCUCUAGACAACCACUAGAGGCACUUCCGAGAAAUAGCAGCAUAAAACUACACUGUUUUAAUCAGAUUGUGUCAGAGUGGCGUUUUGAUGUGCAUGCACAUUAGCCUCCCAAUGCUUUUCUAUGGGAAAGCAUUGGAUUGGCUGAGAUCUUUGAUAAACUCACCUUUUUUAACCCUGACAGUAAACUUCAUUACAAUUUAUACACAUUGGUAUUCCUGACACUAUAGUGUUUCUUUAAUGUAAAACCACUCUGUGUCUGAUUACGGUACUUGCUGCUUUAGAUGUUCUGAGCAUGGCAAGUGUUUUUUCUGUUUUACAAACCUUUUAUGUUAAUUCCUUCUCAGGUGGUUCAUCGUGACCUUAAGCCUAGUAAUAUUCUGUAUAUGGACGAUUCCAGUAAUGCAGAUUCAAUAAGAAUAUGUGAUUUUGGUUUCGCAAAGCAGCUGAGAGGAGAUAAUGGACUGCUCUUAACGCCGUGUUACACUGCCAACUUUGUGGCACCAGAGGUAAUUUAAUUCUUUCAGUUUUGUUGUCCUUUUUUUAUUUAUUUUUUUAAUUUUUUUUUUAAUUCUUUAUUUUUUUCUGUGCACAAGAUAAUACGGAGGUUCACAAAGCCACGACAGCAUAGGCAAACAGUAAUAUCAAUGUAGAGCAUAUACAUGGCAUUAGUAAGUGGCACAGUUUUUAAGUAUAUUAAUACAUAGGCUAGUUACGUUUGUCUAUAUAGGAGUUACAUGAGUAAAAAUAGAUGCAGGCAUAAGACAAGUAACGAUAAAGACCUCGCUUGGUAUGUGUUAGCACGGAAACAAGAUUAAUAGGCAAAAUUAAAAGUAUUGAGGCAUAUACAUAGCAUGUUCAUUUUGUUUAGUUAUACUAGCUGAGUCAUUGAGCUCAAUAUAAACAGGGAAUAACAUACAGGCUUUUGCGGGCUAGUCUCGCUUAUCUGUUAGGGUGCUUAAACUGAAUCUGAUGCUGUGCAAUCUACAGUAUACUACAGUGACAGGUUAUGAUAAUUCCUGCUCUAGGCUUCGUAGUUAAAUGACAGACAGUAGGACAUGCAUGUAGGUGGCUGUACAGACUUAUGGUAGCCUACGACAAGACAUAAUAUCUGCCUACAGGGAAUCAACUGAGAGACAAUAUGUGCACUUUGCUGCCUGACAGCAGGCUUGAGAAAAGGGAGAUGAAAGCAAAAAAAAAAAAAAAAAGGAAAUUAUAGUUAAAGUAAGUUAAGUGAGAAAGACUAAGCAAAAUGGAAUGGCUAGUGUUUGCAUAAAAAACUGAGGGAAUCAUGCCAUAGUGAUUAAAGAACCCUGGGCCCCCGAACAGAGACUCUCUUCUCAGUGGAAAGGUAAACGUGACCCUGAUAGUUGAUACUCAGGAGUCAGGGAGUAGUCAACCCCAGUCCUCAUGCAGAGAGCAGCUAACUCCCAUCACUGACAGGUUACAGUCCUUUGCUUCUCGGCUCCAUCUGCAAACAAUUCCCUGAUGCUGUGGUAUCAGCCGUUUGCGGUUGGGAGCUGGAUAUGUGCAGAGUCUUCAUAGUGAUUCGCAGCUAUCGGUUGUGUUUCUCGGCAUCCUGGGACCGUACCAGCUUGCCGCCUGAUUACCUCAGGAGCCACUUUGCCAGUCAGCCGAUCUCUGCAUAAGGUCCUCAGUGUCGAUUGGUAGCACCCCAGGCCGGGUCUCAGGAUAGGUAAGUUGCUCAUACGAUUUCUCCCAGAGUUGCCCGUUGCGAGUGCUAAGAGCCUUGAGGGAUCGCCCUCUCUACAGCGUGCUGGUCAGGCUCAGCCGCCAUCUUAGGUGUUAGGCGAGGUCUCCGAUCAGAGUUGAGACCCAGGGUAGGCCGGGAUGACCCCCCCGGCCCAAAGGGGGGGAAGCAGGGCAUUAGGGGACCCCCAUGGUGCAGUCAGGCAGGAUAGCAGGGCGGCGGCCGUCCACCCUACUCACCACCUGGGUAGGCUUGACUAGGCCUCGGUCACGUAGCUCAGUUUUCUCCCCAAAAGGGGCCAAGAAUCAGGUCGCUGACUGAUCUCCAGAGCUAGCACCUCAUAGUGCAGUUGCCUGCCGUGUCUCAGCGCCAGAAGUUGCGUUUUGGGACCAAAUUACCUGUAAAUUGCAGGAGCUAGAGUACCAUGCGUCUACUCUGCUUGGCGGUCCGGCCCCGCCCCUCCCUUUUUUUCUUUUUUAUGUUUUUUUCUUCCAAGUUUGUGAUUUGCCUGUAAAAUUUUAAAUGUUAAUUUCUUCUUUAGUUACUUAACUGUUUCAAAACAGAAUGUUGAAUUAGCCAUUAUGGUUAAUGGAUAUGAAGGUCACAUGAAUGAGAGAGAAUAGACAAGAUAGAGGUUCUAAAUCAGACAGAUUACAUGGAGGUUUUUUGGAAAAUAAGAAAUCAAAAAGUAGCUUACAUUUAUUUGAGGCAUGGGGUGUAUAGUAGCAUAAACAAGUGUUUAUUACGUAUAUUUGCAACAAGUAUAAAACAGUCCAUUUUGUGCUCGCUCCUUUUUUAUUUUUUUUUUAUUUUAUUUUUUUUACUAUGUUGAAUAUUUUGUUAAUUUUAUGCACCUGCAUGUUUAUAUCAGGGCACUUUUAAAGAAACAUUGAUGUUUCUAAGAAGUAUUUUCUUACCCAUCCUGUAACAAUGUUCUGUUUCAGGUACUCAUGAGGCAGGGUUAUGACGCUGCGUGUGAUAUUUGGAGCCUGGGUGUACUCCUCUAUACAAUGCUUGCAGGGUAAGAAUUCACAGCUUCCGUUGUAUAAUCUAGUUCUAUAAAAGAUCUGUGAUGAAGCCCUAGUGUAAUUUGCCUCCAAUAUAGGCAUAAAUGAAUGUUAUAUGAUUUGCGAGUGUCGUAGUUUCCCAUAUUUCUUUGCUGCGUGCAGGUGUGUUUGGUAGAAGCCCGAUACAAGUGUGACACAGAUAUGUCAUAAUUUUUUUUGAAUUGUAUUUAAGAAUUUCAGAAUUUUUUAUUUUUUGGAGGGGUAGAGGGGGCUAAAUGUUAAAUAUGACUUCAUCCAUUGCAGUUUAAUGGCAAAGUUAAGCAUGUGUAGUCAUACAUACCAAAGGUUUAAUGUAUUUAAGAUGUACUAUAAAUGCACCCAACAUCACAAUGAUUAAAAUAGCAAAAGUUUUAACAAUAAGUUCUCGACAAAGUAAGCCAAAUAAAGGACCUGGCAGGUACUACUUUUUGAUAAGCUUAAUGCUCUUGCUGAGCCCCAAGAGUUCCUGCAGUAAAGCAGAGGGAUUAUCUAUUACAUACAUUUUAUUUCAAGUGUGAGCCAAAAUGUCUGCUUGACAACUUACUAUGAAAUUAAGAGUUAAAAGACUGAGCUCCGGGCCAACAGCAAGGUAACUAAUAAUAAGGGGCACACAAAGAAUGUCAUGACUGAGGAGGUGUAUAAAUAAAAAAAAUAGAUGAAUACCGCACUUAUUAAAAUCUUGGUGCAAACAGACCUGGGGUUGGCUAUCCCUCCUGUGAUAGUUGAACAAAAAUUGCACUCCAGGCACUCAAGGAUCAAUUUAGCAGGUUUAUUGGAACAGAGGGCAACGUUUCGAUCCCACAAGGGAUCGAAACGUUGCACUCUGUUCCAAUAAACCUGCUAAAUUGAUCCUUGAGUGCCUGGAGUACAAUUUUUGUUCAACUAUGACUGAGGAGGUGUGAUUGAGUAGGGGACUGUGCAACCCUUUUAAAGCCAGACACUGCAGUACCCAGGUUAUGGUGGAGGUCACAAUGAGCACAGCUCCAACUGGUAAAUUGAAAGAAAAAUGGGCCUUGUGGGUAGUAUUCCACCCCCCAAAAAAAUUGGAAUAUAAAUGAGUGGAGUGUGAAAAAAGAAUGUAACACAAAAGCACUAUAACAAAUUAAGAGACUCUCUCAAUGUAAAGGACCCCAAACACAGAUUUCUAACAAUUUAAAGGUAAGUGAAAUUAAAUUAAGAGAACAUUUAUUUUCAUGUUGUACAUAGACGGUAAGAUCAAGAUAACAUCCACAAUAGUGACGGUUCCUCUUUAAACAGGGUUGGAAAGAAAAUCUGCUCCGCUACAUGCCCAGGCCACUGCAUGGGGGUCAUAUUUAUCGGGGUGCUGUUUUGGAGCAAAGUUUUAAAGAUUUAUCACCAUUGUUACCACAAGAAGCCUUGAUAAAUACAGCCCUUGUAUUAUCUUCUGGAAUCCAGUUAAUAUUGGUGCAUUGGCCAUGUACACUUAACACUUAAAUUUUCUUGUAAUCCAUGCCCAGUUACCCUAUAUUGUUAAAGAUCAGAGCGGGAAAAACAUAAUUUAAAGUCAACUAGCACACAUCCCUGUUCAACUGCUAUUUUCCAGGUAGACAAUCCUGACAUGCAUCUUGUCAUGGGUAGAUGCCAAUACAAGUACUUGUCACUAGAUGGAUUGCAAAUUUAGAUGAUAAAGACCGAAUGAUUUCAUUAGAAAAUAUAGUUAUAAAGUGUCACUGUUGCUGCUUUGGACAGAAUCCAUUGAAAUGAGACAAUUGAUUUUUUUUAUUUUUUUUUUAUUUUUUUUUUUGGGGGGGGGGAAACUCAAAAUUCUCUACUCUUUUAUGAGAUCACUGUUUAGUGUUUGGAUAAAUCAAGUUUAGCCACUAAUCUAAAUAUAAUCUAGCUGAAAAGAAAUAAUAAAACAAAACCAAAAAACAUUAAAAGUAAUGGAUAUAAUCAAUUGUGAAAUCUUGCAUGAGAAAGUUAAAUCUAUUUACAGAGAAAUGGCUCAAGGGCACUCCAACACAAAAGUGUUAGAAAACAUUAAAUUUGGUUGCUAGCUGCUUAUAUACAUUAUAUUGGAACAUUUGACGUUAUUGUUGCUUAGUGAUAUUGGGCUUAGCCUUGGAAAAAGAAUAGAUGAGAUUCUGCUUUCUGCAGUAACAUUUUAUAUAACCAAGCGUUUAGCAUUAUGAACACCAAACAAUCAAAUAACUUAAUGCUCCUCGUUUGAGGACACCAUAUAAAUUGAUGUAUAUUUAUUUAUGGAUCUGCCCUAAUUCAAACAUGCAGGUUGUUUUCAGAUGCUUUACUGCUUGGUGGGUAACUGACAGGGUGCGGUGUGGUGCCCCUUAUCUUAGGGUGCAAAGGCUUGCAAAGAUUAAUGUAUAUUAAAUUAAGUCAGCCAUGCUGUUUGCAGCUGCUACGGUUUAUCUAGUCCCUUUGCGUUAGUGCCAAUUUUCUUACCCCAGCGUCAAUCUCUUCACAUUAAUCAUUGUAGAAGCAAAUCACAGUUGUUGCCUGGGAGUGUAACUCCAACAAGUCUCGUACAGUUGAGGUGUGUAUGAACGUUAACCAUAGCUUCUGAAAAAUUAUUUCAAAUGUACCCAACGCUAAAUCAUUUACUAGGCGAGACAUUCCUCUAUAAAAUAUAUCUAGACACUAUCAUGUGUAUAUAGUUAGAGAGAUUAGUAUAAAAGCAAUCUAAAUAUUUUUUUUUUUUCCUUAACAAUCCUGUAAACUAUGGCCAAUAAUAAAAAAAGGAAAAUCAAUUUAGAGCCGCUCUGGAUGCUACUAAUGUUUGGCAGUCUUAUUCUGGAGCUAGCACUCUGGAGAAGGGAUUCCCACCCAUGUUCUUAAAGCUCACCAACAGUUCGGGAUGUGGGCUUUUCCUAAUUGUGUUUCAACUAUUACAAAAGAUGGACUAUUGGUGUGCCUAUAGGACUCUGUUGGGAACCUCUGCUCUAGACUGUGUUUAGUCAGCCCAUAGAGAAGCUGGAAGACUCUUAAAUUCACUGUUCCAAAUGCACCUUCAAAUAUUUAUUUUAGUCUUAUUGUAGAGAUUUUUUUUGUUUUUGUGUUUUUUUUUGUUCUGUUUCAUGAUUUUCUUUGGAAUUUUUAGGUACACGCCUUUCGCCAAUGGGCCGAAUGACACCCCAGAAGAAAUCUUACGGAGGAUAGGAAGUGGAAACUUUUCAUUGAGCGGAGGAAACUGGGACACUGUUUCAGAUCUUGCAAAGGUAGAGUAAAAGACAGGAAAGCAUAAUUGCUGAGAAAUGUAUGCCAACAGAUUUUGGAGACCAUUUGAACUGAAAUCUUGUUGUGCACUUCUGGCUCACAUUUGUUUCAUUACAUUUGAUACACAUCCUACUUUUAAAUGGGAAGUAUGUGUGUAUCUUAAUGUAUCACUCUUGAUUAUUUUAUAGCAGCAGACUUAAAGUGUGCGCUGACAUCAGAAAAGGUGUGGGUGCAAAGUUCACUGUGUUCGUGCAAUGAAUUGAAUUUUGUUUCUUGGUUCCUAGGAUUUGUUAUCACACAUGCUUCACGUCGAUCCACAUCAACGAUAUACAGCAGAGAAAGUAUUAAAACAUUCCUGGAUUGCGUGUAGGGACCAGCUUCCUCACUACCAGCUUAACCGACAGGAUGCCCCUCAUCUUGUUAAGGUGAAAAUUCUUGUUUAUUGAAAGAAAAUAACUUUCUCUGUAACAUGUUAAUCACAGUACAGUGAUCAACACUUGUCUUUCUAGCAUAGAAUAAGACCAGAAAUACUAACUAAAAAAAAAAAAAAAAGUUGAGUCACCAAAAUAACGUUAGGAACCUUCUGAUAAAAUAAGUGUAGUUAAUUUGUGCUUAUAGUCAUAAUAUUUUUUUACCCCCACAGGGAGCUAUGGCGGCAACGUAUUCUGCACUGAAUCACAAGACAUUUCAGCCCGUUUUAGAGCCUGUUGCAGCAUCAAAUUUAGCUCAGCGUCGGAGUAUGAAAAAGAGAACUUCAACGGACAUGUAAAUAAAUCCGUGCAUCGUGGCCAAACUGAAGCUAAAGAAGUCCUCUGUCCAGCCUGUGGUUGAACGGCAAUUAGUCUUUAUCAAUAUUACUUGAAUAUUGCGUACAAGUCUCUCAUGGAACAUAAUUUUUUUUAUUUUUGUGGGUUCAUUCUGUGCUUUUUUUUUUUUUGUAGUUUUUAUUUGUCUUUGAAGUCUUUUUUUUUUUUUCCGCUGAUUUAAUUUAAAUAUCUGGGUACUUCAUCAAAAUGUAAAAGUUUCUGUGCAUCCAAUACUAUCUGCUCAUUGGCUACUGUUGAAAAGAUGCUUAAUCUCCUGGAACCUGCUGCACUUCAAAUGCUUCAAAACGUGCUGUAUAUUUCUGCUUUAUUUUUUUAUAUUUCACUUUUCAUUCACAUUGUUGGGACUGAUUUCAUAUAAAGCUAGAAGUGGAAAGAGAAAAAACUUCUGAUCCAAGUACUUAGUAGCUUAGCAUUGUGUUGCACAUCUUUGCUAUCUACUUUAAUAUUGAGCAGGUUGGCUUUAGAUCGCCCCAGUAGUUAGUGCUACUACAGCUUUAGAUGGUGAUACAAGUAUCGACCCCACUGAGCGUGGCCUAUCAUCUGUUUUCCUUACGUACUGGAGUCACGUGUUCGAUGUCGGAGCGUUUGGUGUAAAGACUAAAAUAUCACUGUGGAUGUCUUGUGGAUGUUGUCUUUUACAAAUCCAAUGGUUAAAAAUGGUCCCUGCAUUUUGUGAAAGCUUUCCUUCCCCUCCUAAAAAGUCACUAAAGUCUCUGCUUCUCUGAAAUAUAUAUGCUGUUCUAGACCAGGCUGUGGCAAAUUAAAUAAUUCACCUGGUUAGCUUGCCCCUAUGACCCUGGCAUUAAAUGAGGGUAUUCUGCAGAAGAACUUGCUUUUUGGAGGCUUCAUGUAUUAAAGUAACUUAUCUUGGGUGGGGCUGUAUAUAAACACGUUGUAUUAUGUUUUGUACCUAUUGUACAAAUUGGUCAAUAUUUUUGUUGGAUAUUUUUUUUAUUUGUUUUGAUUUAUUUUGUUUGUUUUUUUUUUCAUUCUAUUCAAGGUACCAUACAAUGAUUUUUACCAAGUAGGUAAAAUUAUAUUUUUAUAGAACUAAUUAUUAUUCUUAUUGUUAUCUAAAGAAAACCAAAAUAAAAUUCAAGAAUCUGGCUUGCAAGUGUGAGCUUUUGCUAGCCAAACCUGUCUGUUGCAUGAAGAAGAAAAAUAUGCUGGUUAUGGAAAUAUAAUUUGUAAAAGAAAAAACAAUGUAAAAUCGCUCACUUGUAAGUUAUAUAUGACAAAUAUGAUUAUGGAAAUGAAAUAGAGCCUCUUUCUGAAUACACAGAUAUGUUCUUUUUGCUAGGAAAAAUGUGUUUGUGUCUGUCUGGUUCAAUGCACUCAUUAGAGAGGGCUGUAUUCAGCUCAUAGAGGAGACGACCUAUUAUAAAGACUGGAGCUUUAAUGGCACUCUAAAAUGGUUUGUCACGUGCCAUAGUCUGCCUCUUUCUUUUCUUCAGAAGAUAGAAUAGCACUAGUUGGCCUUUUUGUGGCUGUAUUCCACAAGUAUAUCUUUAACUCAUUGAGUGUGAUCUUGCAUCUUGUGCCUGAAACUUUUAAUAAGUCAUGCCAAUCUUUGAACUUUUUGACAAUCCUAACUUGGUGAUUGAUGACUCAAUUUUAGCUCAUAAUAAAUAUAUUUCUUGUUUUGGAAUCAACACAUGACCAUUAUUUGGCCCGAUAGAUGGGCAAUCCUUAAUUCUCUGGGCUGGUGCUUUGAGAAACUUGAAAUACAGUAAUGGGAGCCGCAGCACCUUACUUUUAUUAUGAAAGUAGUUUAUUGCGCAGUUGCCAACAUUUCAACCCACUGUCAGGUCCACCUGUCCACUGGUGGCAUAAGUCUCAUUAAUUAUUAGCUUCUGGUCCUAUUUUAUUUACUUGAGGGAUUAAAAGGAUCUUGGUGCCCCACACCUAGAACCUGGUCUAGAUGUGCUUAUCCCCUUGUAUAUCUGCUCAUGGUACACAUCACACACAUCAUUGCAUUGAAAUUUGCCAGAACUCAUUUGUUUUGAUUCUUUAAACUGCAGAACCCUCUCUAACUAUAAACUAGUCUCACAUGGGCAAUAUCUGGGAAGUAUUGAUCAAAAUACACCACAAGGCCAACGGGAGAUCUCAAUGCGCGCAAUUAACCCUGGUGACUGCAUACUUCUGCUACGCUGCAAGCAAUAUUACAUGACCGUAAAAUUUAUAUUCCCAAAAAAUGUUCCCUCUAUCUAAACACUUGAUGUUUAGGUAAGUCAGUAAUAGCUAAAUAUUAGCAGUCAGAGUUUUGUGAGUGUUUUUCACGUGUGCAGUAUAUGUAUUUAUGCAACCGAUUUUGUAUACUCCAUGUAAGUAGAAAGUAGCCACACCUGAUGGUAAUGUUUGUAUGUAUUUACAAUAUAGAAAUAUUGUUCCCCAUCUAGUUUAUUUGAAUGUUUAGGGGCCAAAUCUGUCAACAUGUGUUCUGUAUGAUUUAAAAUACUUGAAAGAUAUUAAGGGCUGUUCUCGUAUGUAAGCAUGAGAUAUUGAAAGAUGUUUGAUAUUUCUCUGCACCUUCUAAAAACUGUGAGAUAAAAAAAGCUUUCAUUGGUCAUACUUGUGUUUUUUUUUUUGUUUUUUUUUUUCUGUGAUCAGACUGCUUCUAGAGACUCAAACAGAUUGAAAUUAGUAAAAGUAUCAAUUCUUCUUACAUUCUAUUAAAUGUGUGUAUAUUACAUCAAAAACAAUGACAAAGUAUAUUACGUACUCUGUCAUUUUAACACAUUUUCAAGCUGCAUAAUUUACAUGGAUGACAUCACCCUUGCAAACUAUGGGGUUUGCAAACUUUAUUGAAUGGGGUCUUGUAGACUUAAAACCAUAGCAUCCUUAUGAUGACUGCUAACUCUUGUAUAACUCUUAUUUACCCCUCUAAAAAAACAAAGUUUUAAAUUGUACUUUUUGCAAGUGCAUUCUUCAGAUUAAUACAAUUUCUACCAUCUUUAAAAGUUACAAAAAUGGAUGAGUGGAGGUUGAGCAGGUUUGUAGUCAGGACUAUCAGGUAGCCGCUGGUAGUAAAAUUUUGCAGCAAUUUCUGCCAAUUCAACUGCUGUGGAACAAAGUGCUUUUCAUUUCAGUAAAAUAAAGUAUUCUUAAAAGAACAUCAAAAAAAGUUAAUGCACUUUAAAAGACACAAAACUAAAACCGUAAAGUGUGUUGUUGAAAAAUGGUAUCCCUGGGUUUUAGAGACCCACAUAAACAAUUUGAUCUUCGUAGUUUGAUGUAAACUGAACCCUGCGAGGUCAUUCUAUUCCCAUUAUGUUUGCAAGCAUUGCCUUCAACACCUGCUCGAGGUAAAAAAAGUAAUUGUUGAUCAUACACGAUUCUACUUUAGUAGCAAAUGUGCAUUUAUAUUUUAUUAUACAUUACGCACACAUUAUUUAAUGUUAGUUUUUAUUUUUUGUCCACUUUUCCCCUUUGUUGUACGAUGCUUAUUGUAGAAACACAGCUCAAGUAAUGCAAAUGAAUCUUUAGUGAGGAACUAAUAUACAUAUAUAUUUUUUUCCCCCAUAAGGGUUGUGUUUUUACAGCAUUACCUCCGUAAGCAAAUGUUAUGGGUCCUCAUGAAGGAUAUAUUAAGGGGUGACUUUUCUGUUGAGGCAGGACAUUUCACUUAUCUGGUAUCUUCCUGUGUCAUUGGCUUUUCUAAAGGAGCCCUGGCACCACCCUCGCCCUAGUGUCAGUAGUCAAAUUGUUUUAGAACAUAUUGGGUUGCUGGGUACUGAUCCACUACAGCCUACAGUAGAGCUGGAAGCUCUCUCUGAGCUAAGCAGAAAUUAGCUCAUUGGCUAGGAAUGAUCACCUGACUCUCUCUGCCAAUGAGCUAGUGCUGUGCUGCAGGGCCGAGCUCAGAAGGCUAGUAGGAGCGGAAGGAGGUUGCCAAACACAUUCUUGGUAAGAAGACCAUCAUUCAAGUAUGGUUUGACUACAUACAAUAGGGGAGGGAGAGGUAGUGAGGGCACUCCAGCCUCAUAACUACUACAGGAUGCUGUAGUGGUUAUGGUAUGUUCCUUAAUUGGCUGGCCCAUUCGUUCACUGGUAUAGCACAAGUAAGCAGGAUUUAAUUUUAUUGUUUAGUUUUUCUUACAUAUUUUAAUGGUAUGAGCAGUUACAUUGGAAAAUGGCUUGAUCACUAUAAUCUAAUUUAUCUAAAGUAUUUGGUUCUGUGUAUAUUUUAUAUUUCAUUUUUUCCAUAUUUAUUCAUCACGAAAGUGCAAGAUCAUGACAACUGAAUCUAUUUUAAUGUUGAAUUGACUAUGUACAUCAGCCAGAACAAUAACAACAUUCUCACCUCCCAGUUAUAAGAACUAACUCAUACUUCUAAUAAUGGCCUCUAUAGUGGACUGAUGGCUAACUACAACUCUUGUGUCUGUAUAUUCCUUUUCCAUGAUUUUCCUCCAGCUUGCAGGAGAAGGUUUACAAACCUCUUCUGUGCCUAAUCAGCCUUAACUUGUCAGUUCCUCUUCCUUUGGUUCCACAUAAACUCCUCAUCCUUCCCAGUUUAUGCCGUAGUAUAAUCCCAUGCAGGUAAAUUCCAGUGAUCAAGGCAACGUGUUAUGGCACAUGGGUCUUGCUACAUCAGCCCUGUUUAAACAAAUUAUUUUAACCCCUUAAGGACCAAACUUUUGGAAUAAAAGGGAAUCAUGACCUGUCACACAUGUCAUGUGUCCUUAAGGGGGUAAAAGAGUCUCUUCAACUAUAGCCGUUUCCGAUAUACCAACAUGUAAAAGAUAUUUUUGGUUUGUUUAUUUCCCUCUUCCAUAACUAUUUUUUUUUUUUUUUUUUUUUCUAUUCUCAUUGUAAACCUAGUCUGUAUUUGUUGCAUCACAAUGUGGUUUAUUCACUAAAUCUUUCAUUGUAAUUGAAAACCGUAUUGCAAAAUUUAGUCACAUUGCGGAUUUGGAGAAUUUCUCCCAUGCCGUUCUAGUCAUAGCAAGUCCAUUGAUACAAUUAUUUUAUUUUUAUUUUUGGUGCAAAUUUUGAUUUUUUUUUUUUUAGUUUGGUACAGUUCUAGGUUUACUGAACAAACCCUAAUGUGUUCAUUAGUGUGGACCCAUGUAUAUAUUCUGAUCCUAUUACAUAUUACCUCUGUAAAUUCACAGUUAAACAGAUGGAUGUGUAAACACAAUUGGCAUAUCUGAUCGGUCUGCCUGUGAGCCCCCAAAAUAUAUAGUUUCAAAAAUUAGAAUGCAGAAAGUAACUUUUUCUUCAACAUAAUAUUGACCAUAUUGUUGAGUUAUAGCUGCACAAAUAAAUUGCUUACUAAGCCUUUAAGAAGUUUCUAAUCACAGAGGAGUUAAGUGGGAACGUAGACCCUUUCUAUUGCCUUAACAAUGUAAUUAGUACUAGCCUAUUAAAUAACAUUUUAAGAAAUGAAAAUGAUGCAAAGUAUUAUCUAGAUUAGGGACAGCCAACACUCUAAUACUUAGCUAUGGUGUCACAGCACAACAAAAGUUGUUAUACGUAACUGUUCAAGCCCUACCUGUUGGGUAUUCCUGAUCUAGAAGGAUGGAAUCCAUCCCUAACCAAUAUGUAACCAGAUUGACCAUUAGAGCCUCACUUCAAUUGAGUUAAUCAGUUGGUACCCAUCUGUCAUGUGACCCCUCAUAUCACUGGAACAUUUCUGGAUGGCAGUCCCAAAGUUCGGGCUAGUUGACAGCUCUCUUGAUGACUUGAAAGGGCAUUAUGUAAAAUUGGUGGUGCAAUGACAUGUUGUCUUAGGUACUUCAACUGACACAAUGUUCACAUACUGUAUUGACCACUCCUCCUGUACUCAUUUUGUGCAUUUUGUAUCAUAAUGUAUUUAUUUUAGAUUUUUAGUUUUGUUUUAUUUUUAGAAUGUUAAAGAUGUUUCUUUUAAAGCUAUGUAUAUACGGUCAUUAAAAUUUGCAUUACACUACGUUUUUCUUGUACAGCUGCUUUUACUGUUUACUGUUUUUAUUCCAGUGAUGCCGGAAGUUUAAAAAAAAAAAAAAAAUGGAAUCUGCCUUGUGAAAUAAAAUUUAAAAAAAAACAUACGAAAGUAGUGAAACAUCAUCUUUUAAAGUGGCC